AUGGCGGCGGCAUCGGCGGCCGGAGACCCACCUCGCGCCCACUCCGAGCGGCUUCCCCCGCCGCCGCCCCGGUGAGCCCAGCCAGCGCCUUCGGGGGCAGCGGCUUCCUGGGCGGGCCGGUUCUUUGCAAGGGGGGAGGCGGCGGCGGGGGGGUCUGGGAGGGAGAGGGCGGCUCCUGCUCCGGGGGAUCCCUGGCCGGAUUUCCGCGCUCGAGCCGGGGGGGGGAGUCGGGGGCGGGGAACCGGAGAGACCCCCCCCCGGGCUGCUGCUGCGGCGGAAGCCACGCUGGGCUCCGGCAGGGAGGCCGUGGGCUCCUUCGACUUCCCGGCCUCGCGCGCCGGCCAAGGUGAGCCGGGGGGGGGGGAGGCUUUCGGUGCAGGAAGCGGACCUGAGCGGGAACCGCCAGGCGGGGCGGGGGGUGCGUCGGGUUCUCCCUUCGGGGAGCCGUCGGCCGGGCUUCCCGCUGCCGGGCUGCGCUCCGGAGCGCAGGGGAAGCGUGGCUGGUGCGCCUCGGUCCGCCUUGCCACUGGCCUGAGCCUGCAGGCUCUCCUCGGAGCAUCCUCAGAGCAGCGCAUCCUCCCUGGUCCCACUGACUCCCCCCUUGCUCCGAGGAGGAAAACCCCAGUGAGGCUGAUGGAGAGAGAGAAUGACUUGCCCAAGGUGAGCUGAAGCUCAUGAGUUUGAUGGCUUGAUGGCUGGAAACAGUAGUAAUUGGUUACCUUUUGUGGCUCGGUUGGUUGAGCAUCUCUGGGUCCUGGGUUCGAGGCCCACCUUGGGCAAAAGGAUUCCUGCAUUGCAAGGGGUUGGACUAGAAUGAUGACCCCAUGGGGUCCCUUCCAGCUCUACAGUUCUGGCAUCCAUCUGGCUCAGGAGAAGUCACACCGUUGGAGAGUUACAGCUGCUGGCUGCUGUGGCUGUAGAUACUGAUUUGGGAGAGAUAUGUUUUAUUGCAUGGAUAGGCAAACUAAGGCCCGGGGGCCGGAUCCAGCCCAAUUGUCUUCUAAAUCCGGCCCGCAGGCGGUCCAAGAAUCAGCGUGUUCUUACAUGAGUAGAAUGUGCCCUUUUAUUUAAAAUGCAUCUCUGGGUUAUUUGUGCGGCAUAGGAAUUCAUUCAUCCCCCCCCCCCAAAAAAAUAUAGUCCAGCCCCCACAGGGUCUGAGGGACAGUGGACCGGCCCCCUGCUGAAAAAGUUUGCUGACCCCUGUUUUAUUGCAUGUGGGGCAGAUGAUCCUAUGAUUACUGUAGGGACAGUGGCUUCAUGCUGGGGGGGGCAGAGAGCAGGUGGGGGCGGGGCUGGCGCAUGUCCUGGGGGCAGGGCGCCCAGUGCAGGGGGGCAGCCGCGAUGGCACCCUGCCGGAAUUGCACUGCCUGGUGCGCUCCCCCCGCACUCCUCUUCCUCCACCAGUGUAGGGAUGUUUUCUAUUCGUCGCUUUCCUUGCGGUAAAUGUGUGUUGCCGGUCAGGAGAGGCUUGCGGGGGCAGCACAACAGAGUUGGCCUCUUGGCAGUGGUGUCGCUGCUUCUUACCAGGGUGGGGUCAAGGUCAGAGUGGGACUGGUGGAGCCAAACUAGCAUUUCCAAUAGUACUAUAGCUAUUAUACUGUAGUCCCUCUUUCACCCCCCCCCCCAAUAUUUAAUCAGAUGCACCUCCCCAUCAUCAGUCACCUCUCACAUUUUACAGGGCAAAGACAGAAAACCCCUCCUGCCAAGGGAAAAACUGGGAGCAAUUUAAGGCUCCCGAUUCUUGCUUGGAAGUUUCCGCCUGCCCCACAUCUGAUGCCCUAUGUGGUGUCUAGUGGAGGGCAGGGAGGUGUGAUUUGAAGAAGACAGUUUUGCAAGCUAAAUUGGUACCCAAAUUAGGCCUUUAAGCCAGGGGUUCCUCACCACUGCUAUAACAAAUUUAGAACAACAUAUUCAUUAAAUUUACAUUUAGAUUUUUUUCCUGUUCUGUUUACCAUUUCAGAUUUCUUGAUCUUCCCCUCCCCACCCAAUAUAUUUAUGUUAGAAAAUGCAAAAAGCACAAAACAGCUGCACAGGGGGCUUAAAAUCCUGUGGGUUGAGCAUUCAGUGACGUUUUAAAUUAAUGACAUUCAUGGACUUAACUUAGUCCUGCUCAUUAAGUUCAGUAGGUCUACUCAGAGUAAAACACCCCAUGACCCUUGCUGUCCAGUGGCUUUGAGGCUGUUUCAGAGUCAGGCUGAUAAGCCACAUUACAUGUGACAUGAAGUUUUUCGCUUCUCCCCUGUAACGUUCAGUGACCAGAGAUUUAUGUGUGCCGUGUUGCAUGUUUUCCCACGCAUGUUGAUACUGGUGGGAUGAACAUGGGGUGACUGUUUCCUAAAUAUCACAGAGGAGAGUAGCAGAACACAACAUGGGGGUGCCUUGACUGCAUCGCACAUAGUGAGCAGCUCUAGCCUCAGAUGAAGCUUUUUAGAAAUACUUUCACCAAACUGCAUUCUUAUUUCCUAUUUCUCCUGCUGAGGUUUUAAAUAUUUGUUGUUGGGUACAGUGGUGUAGCGUGGGUUGUCAGCACCCGGGGCAAGGCAAGUAAUUUGCGCCCCCUAACCCGUGGAUUUUAGUAGGGGCAGAGAGCUGCGAGUGCGAGCGCGCCCCCCCAGAUUUUGCGCCCGGUGCGGCCGGCCCCCCCCUGCACCCCCCACGCUACGCCACUGGUUGGGUAUGGAAAGGGUGGCUGAAGUGGAUUCAGUCUUUCCUGACAGUGUCUUUAUGGAGCUUUUUGUUGAUCCGUUUGUAAAUGCUUGUGUGUUGCUUCUUCAAAACUUAUCUAAUUACUUUUCAGUUUAAUGCCAGUGUCAUUGUUUUACACAGGUGACCCCUCUCAUUCACGAUGUGCAGGCAAAAUGGGGUCGGAUGCAUACACCUGUAAGCAAAGGUGCCUUUUACUUUAUUUAUAUGCUAUACGCUGAAUACAGGCAACUGUGACAUUCAUGUUGGUCCCCUGUAUCAAAUUCCCCCUGCUUUGGCAAAAUAAAUGGAUCUCAGAUAGUGGGAUCUGAAAGGACAUUUGCUUAACAAGCUCAAAACAGCUCUGGGUUCAUAGGUAUCUAAGAGCUGGCUUUGUGAUGCAGGUUGGUGCUACUCACCUGAGAAACCUCACCUGAGCAGAUGCAAAUAUUGGGAAGGGUGAGCAUAGCAGAAGGGCUAACAUUGUAUCAGCCUUAAGUUAUGGUCUUAAAAGAAAUGACCAGCUUGCUUCUCACUUACCGUAAAUUGAAUUUUUAAAUCAAGUGAGAUAGAAAAGAGGUCAGCCACAUAUUCAGAGGGGAGAGUUUCCUAUAUAAGGGGCCACAAGAGAGAAGGCAAGAAAUAGCAGAAGAAAGUGGAGCUUUAAUAGGAGUUGUGUUUGAUGAACAGAGGGACCGUGGAAGAGAGUAACCAAGCCAUCAGCAACACCAUGAAGAGGCUUAGGCUAUGUACCCGUUCACAGCUUAAAACGCAGUGAGGUCAUUUCCCCUUGCUGGGUUUCAAGUUGUAUUCACAUGUUGCAAGUUGCAACAGCAGCAUUUCUCAAGAAACCACGUACGGAUUGUGGCUAAUGCCGUGUGAAAAAGGCUUAGAACAGCAGCAGUGGAGGCGCACUAGAGGCAGUGUGGUGCAGUGGUUAGAGUGUUGGACUAAGACCUGGGUUCAACUCCUCACUCAGCCAUGAAGAUCGCUGGGUGACCUUGGCCCCAUCACUGCCUCUCAGCCUAACCUACAUCGCAGGGUUGUUGUAGGGAAUAAAGGGGGUGUGGGAGAGUCCAGCUCCUUGGAGAAAAAGAUGGGAUAUCAAUGCAAGGAAUAAAUAAAAUAAACCAUGAUGACAAUUGCUUUACAAUAACUGAGGAACACCUAAGGUCUGAAUAAGAGUUUUAGAAACAAAUUGAUAACAAAUCUUAUUAGUAUUAUAGAGGGAACUGACAAAUUUUAGCUAGAGCAGGAAUUUGAACUAGAAAAGGAAAUAUGAUGUGUAUGAGCAUGCAAUCAUUGCUAUGUAGGCCAGAUGUGAUGUUCUCUCUGCAGGCUCACUCUAUGGGCAGAACCCACAUUCCCAGCCUAAGUGUGGAUCUCCCCUAAUGCUUUCUAGAGUGUUCCAAUCAACAACUUUGUAAAGUAGGUCAGUAUUAUUGCCAUAUUGCAGGUUGAAUUCUGAUACAUAAAAUGAAUUAACAUAAACCCCUAUUAUCUGUUGCAACAGGGCAUAUAUUAUGUUCAGCUCAAUCCUGUCUAUGGAAAUUAUGUCCCAUUAGGUACAGUGAGGCUUACUCCCGAGUAAGUGUGCCUGAGGCUGCAGUCUUAGAACUGCUGUUUUUCCUGCUCUGCACCAUUGAAUAUAGACAACCCACCAUGUUAUAAGUGGACCAUUUCUUAGUUCUGUUGUUAACUGAGCCAUUUCAUGAAUUCCUAGUUCUGUGGGAUAAGCAGAAGACAUCCAUGGAUUUUCUCUCAGGUGUCCAGGAGCUGAGUGGGUGUAUUUGUGUGAGCUGUACAUUCUUCUAAAUCUUGCAGAUAUUUAUAUAGUCAAGCAGGCAAUAUAGCACUAGAAAUUGUUGGCCCAAUUUGCGGCAGUAUGUAUUUGAAAAUCUGGCUGGGUUCCUGUCUUGAAACCUAAACCCACAAUUAUUCUUUGGCUCAUUCUGCUUACAUUCUUUAUAUUCUUUAUAUUCUGAUGGAAUGGUUUUCCGUUCCAUUCUGUUCUGUUCUUUUCACUUGGCAAUAUUGUGGAAGUAAAAUAUAAUUCCUGUGAAAGAUAUCUAAAUUACCUCUAAUAAUUUAAUGUGGAAAGGAUUAACAAACUAUGACUUGAAUGCAUAGGAAAACAUUGUUGAAAUGUUGACCAAACACCUAAACUGUGUUCAAGAUUGAAACUGAAAGUCAAGGCAUGGAAAAAUCUCUAUUUUAGGCUUGCAAAGGCUUUAAGCAGAACUGUGUGCACACCACACUAAAAAUUCUGCUUCAGGAAAAGCUGAAUUCUGUAGCCUGCACAAAGUUUACAAAUACAGUGGUACCUCGGUUUUCAAACAUCUCUGUUUUCGAACAUUUCGGUUUUCAAAUGCUGUAAACCCGGGAGUAAAUGCUUCAGUUUUUGAACAUGCCUCAGAAGUCGAACAUGCCACACGACUUUGUAUUGAGUUUUCUGUAUUGAGGCUUCCUGACUGAGUUUUCGGAUGUUUCGGAACUCGAACGGUCUUCCGGAAUGGAUUAUGUUCGAAAACCGAGGUACCACUGUACAAUUAUUGCCAUAAUUUUGCUAGUGAAGGGGGAAAACAAGGAAGUAAUACAGGGCAUUCUAGACCACUAGAAACUGUAUUUACAUUUGCGACUUCUGAGAUUUCACCAGACUGGCACUGUCGAUGCAUUCAAAAGCAUAUCUUCAUUGGGGCAUUGUUAUGACCUUGUUAGUCUAAAAAUGAGGUGCAGUGGAAUACAGUUGUACCUCGUGUUGCGUUAGGUUCAUGUUGCGUCUUUUUGGCUUGCGAACGCGGCAGACCUGGAAGUGUAUACUUCUGGGUUUUACCACAUGCGCAGAAGCGCUCUAUCGCACUCUGUGCUUGCGCAGAAGCGCCGCUCUAGUUGCGGACUUUUCGGGGUGCGAACUGCACCCCAGAACGGAUCGUGUCUGCGACUAGAGGUACCACUGUAUGUCUUUCCAUUCUUCACCUAAGUAAGAUAUCACAACAAUAUAUUGAGAUAACAGUGAGAGAAAUUUAAUUCUAAUAGUACAGUGGCUUAAAAAUUGUGUACUUGGGGAUUAAAGCAUGAGAGAGAGAGAGAGAGAGAGAGAGAGAGAGAGAGAGAGAAGCCUUCCUAACGUUCUCAAAAUUCAAAAUGGUGUAACUGGGGAGGGAGAGGGAUUGUAUUUGCCUUCUCUUUAUAUGAAUAUAAAGAAUAUUCUUAAUCUGCAGUUGUUAAGUAAGGUGUCUGUAUUCAUUUUACUUUAUGGGAAAUAUGAAGCAGUACUGUAAAAUAACAACUGAUAAAGUUUUUAGUGCAGUGUUCUUUGUCACAUGUUGUAAGCCGUAGAGUCAGCCUUAAAAUGGGCUUUUGAUUCCCCCCCCCAAAUAGGCUGAAUAGAACCCCUGAGGGUUAAACACUGACCAUUUGAAUGCUUUGCUUUGACACAACCAGCUGACUGGGAAGAGCUGCAUUUAGGUCCUCAAAAUGGGGGGAAAUGCAGGGGGGAUAUGACGCUAGGUUUGUUGGAACUCACUGUUAGCAAAGUUAGCAUUUUUUUCUUCUUAGAACCAUCUUAAGGUAAGAUAUUAUUUAUAGCUACCACCAACUAAUUGCAAAAUCAGCCAACGUGUUGAACCUGUUUAGAAUGCUUCACCCUGUUCAAUAUUUCUUUGGUCUCCAACUUUGUUGCAAAUUAAUUAAUUAAUGGAUGCAUUGGGUUCAAUAAACAUAUCUCUUUGUAUCUGGAGGUUUCCUCUCUUCGUUUAAAUCAGUGCCCAAGUUCCUGCUGACUUGGUCUGCCUUAGCAAGUGUAGCUCAAAUAGCCUUUUGCUUUAUUCCUGUUUGGUGCAACUGCUGAAAAGCACACAUGAGGCCAAAAUAUGGUUUGAAAUGCGCUCUCUCUCUCUCUUUCUCUCUCUCUCUCUCUUUUUCUCCUAAUUUCUGUGCUACGUUCACAGUGCUGAUGUUCUGAACUAUGAGGCUCUCCAUUGCUCAGGGUGAGCUGGCUCUAGCGUUGCCUUCUCAAAGGUGCCCAUGGGAGACCUUGAUACCUGGGAGGCUUCUGGAAAUUAAACAAAUGCUUUUAAAUAAUAUAUUUGCCAGGAGGCCAGGCUUGCUUCAGGCUGAAACCACGGUUGAGAGUCUGUAGCCAAGCGCCACGUUCGUUUCCCAAGAAUGCCUCUGGUACAGAAGGAGCUCCUUGGCAAUUGCAGAUGCCCUUAGAACAGGGGUCAGCAAACUUUUUCAGCAGGGGGCCGGUCCACCAUCCCUCAGACCAUGUGGGGGGCCGGACUAUAUUUUGAAGGGGGUGGAAUAACAAAUAACCCAGAGAUGCAUUUUAAAUAAAGGGACACAUUCUACUCAUGUGAAAACACGCUGGUUCCCGGACCAUCCGCGGGCCAGAUUGAGAAGGCCCCCGGGCCUUAGGUUGCCUACCCCUGCCUUAGAAUCUGAAUAUGAUGUGACUUUCCCUGCUAGGUGAUACAUUUCCAAAAAUUAAGUGGAGAAUCUGCAUGCCUGGCUUUGCAAAGCUCACAGAGACCAUUAAAUAUUUUAGUGUCACUUGUGAAAACCUGAACCAACUGAGAAAUUCACCCAUGUUUUGUUUUAAAGACAGAUGCAAUCCUAUCCGAGCUGCCCUUUGAGAGGCAGAGAGCCUGCUUCUGAAGGCUGCUGCAGAUUCCAGUUGCAAAUAAGGGCUGGCUUGUUUAAAAAUCAUCUGGUCCUUGUUCAAUCAUUUUUUUGGAAUUUUGCUUUGUAGGUGGAAAGGUUUGUGGGUGUAGAGAUUUGAAAGAGAGAAUUGUGGUUAUAAGUGUAUUUCACUGCUCGUUCUAAGCCACCAAUCCAAAUUAAUUUGCAUUUACAUUUUCAGGCAAGCAAAAUCUCUAGGACCAGCGCUGAAUGCUAAAUGCAACCUGACAGCUAAAUUGGAGAACAUGCUUCAUAGCUGUCUGGAGCCUUCCUCUGCUAGAAUAACUAGGUUGAAUUCCUCCCCUCCUAUUAGACUUUGCUUGGCGUAAAUAUACCUAUGAUUAAAGGGGGAGGGUAAAUUUAUCCAACGACUUCUCCCCCACAAACUUUAUUUUAAUGGUUACUUUAAAUAUUUAUAUCACACAUUCAGAUUUUAGAAGUGCCUAUGGUGGCAGCUUACAAUGGCACAGUUGAUAAUGACCCUUAUUACAGUUAAUAGUAAGGGAGCAAUAAAAGAAAUGCAAGAAAUUGAAGAUAAGGAAGAGCCGUAAAAAUUCACAAUUGCUGUUUCUUAAGAGCUUGGGCAAAUUAAGAGGCCUUGAGCUGGUGCCUGCUUUUCUGUGGAAACAGCCCUGGGGAGAGUGCAGUUUUCUGAUGCUGGGGUGUCCUCAUUCAAAAGGUCCUGUCUCCAGUUUCCAUCCACCUGACCUCCCAAGUUCUGGAGCAGAGACUCCAUUUAUGAGUGUAGAGAGCAGGGAGGCUCGGGAGGAAGGGGGCGACUGGCUAUUUUGCUUUAAUGCUUGCUUGCCACUUGUCGUGAUCAGCUUUUGUUCCAUCUGUCUUAAGAUGGCUAAUAAAACUUAGCUGGAAGAGGUGGGGUGUGCAGGAAAGGGGCAGGAUCAAAUCUCAGCGGCUGCAGUCUAAUUCUAUGGGACAAAGUAAAGAAGCUACAGACUGAGUCUCGAUUAAAAGGAAGACAUUUUGACACGGAGCUCAGUCACUGCUACACCCAGGUGGGUUUAAGUUCUAUCCACUGAUUCCAUGAGUUGGUUCCCUUUACUUUCACCCAUGGAUAUCAUAUGGGGGACGACGGAAUAAUGUGCUGUUUUUGUAUUACAGAAGGGAUACAAGCUGACCAUUAAUCUAAGUUGCCCGGCUGCUGCCAAUGAUCAGAUAUGGUCAUCUACAGCUGUGUAGAGAGAUAUGUUAGGAGAUACAGCCAGGGACAGUUCUUUUGCCAGCCACUGCCAUCUUAGAAACUCCUGUGAUGCACAUCCAUUUUUAUAUGAUGGCAGAUUUUUGCACUGCCAAAAAGAGUUUGUGGGUGUUCUUGAGUAAGGAAAACUGCCCAGGAGACAGGGUGGAUUUGAUUUAAAUCAAAUCGAUUUAAAUCACAAUUUACAUCACUAGUUAGCAAGACUUGGUUUAAUUUUUUUUAUAUUUUUUUUACAGAAAAAUUAACAUUUACAACCAGAUGAAGGUUUCAUUUUUGGAAUAAUAAAUUUUCAGAGUAGUUUUUACAGUUAUAUCAAAAAUUACUGAUUUGGUUAUACUAUUAGAAAUACAUAGACAGAUAAUUAUGAAAUUAUUGUGAGGUUUAAUAAGUUAACUGUUUAUAUUUGGACAACUUUUCUGCUGUACUUUAUUGGAAGGUGAAAAAUGACCAUUUCCUUAAUAACAAUUUAAACAAUUUAUUUAACUAAAACAAUAACAUUAUAGCCUAUGUAUCCAUGUUUGAUAACGGAUGUGGUUAAACUUAAAAAAACAAAACAAAAACUUAGACUGAGUUUUAGCACACAUGAAAAACUUAAAACAAAUCCUUAUUUCCUGGUUAAUAGCCUUUGGACUAUAAUGUAACUUAAGUAGAAAACUAUCUUUAGAAAGAUUUUUCCUCCAAAAGCAUUUUAUUUUAAAAAUUCAAUUUAAAUUUAAAAAAAUCUGAUUUAAAUAAUUAAAAAAUUGGAUUUAAAUUUUAAAAAUCCAAUUUUUAAAAUUUAUUUUUUAAAUCAUUGAUUUUUAUCCACCCUACUUGCAAGUACAGUGGACGCUCGGGUUGUGAACGUGAUCUGUGCGGGAGGCACGUUCGCAACCUGCAGCGCCGCGUCUGCACACGCGCGGGUGGCGAUUCGGUGCUUAGGGUCAAAACGUGAUUUAGUGUUUCUGCGCAAGCGCCGAAACCCGAAAAUAACCUGUUCCAGUACUUCCGGGUUCAGCGCGGUGCGCAACCUGAAAACGUCGCAACCUGAAGUGUCUGUAACCCGAGGGAUGACUGUAAACAUGUAUGAUGUUGAGCUGCUAGUCACUAAAAUAUUAUUUAAUAGCCAUUCUCAUCAAAUGAAUUCAGCUCAAUAGCUAUGAUUCAAGCUAUUUGACUACCAUACUUCAGUUUAGAUCUGCACAUAUAAAGACAAUUCUCUGUCGACAUCCCCACGAACUGAAGAGAUCAGCAUUAUUUAUCUCUACAUUUAUGUUAUUGAGUUAAGUUUGCUUCUUCCACUGUUAUUUUUCCCUUUCCAUAAUUCAACAGACAGCUGAUGUACAGUGAAAUCCCUAUUUUUACUGUUAAUUCUGCAUCUCUACAAACUUAGCUGGGGAGGACUUAUAAAAGUCUUGUAAAACUAAACAGGCAUUCAUCACUUAGGUGGAAAAGCAAACACAGAAAUAAAUUGCCCCAGUGUUACAGUUUUAUAAAAAUGCCUGUUAGUAUAACUUGAAAGAUUGUAAAUUCAAGAGAGUCUAAACAGAUGGUUUGCAUUUGUCAUCUUAGCAGUAGCAAAUUGCUUAUUGUAUUACUCUUAGCUGAUACAGAGAGGGAGGAUCUUUCUGAAAUAUACUUAAAUUAGGGCUGGGGAAUUUGUUCAGCGCAGGCAGUGAUCUUGGAGACUUGUGCCCUAGAGCGUGAUGAUAAUAACUCGCCUUUUCUUAAGGCUGGUUGGUUUAUUGCGUUUUUAUCCUGUUCUUCAUUAUAUAAGCUGCUGAUGUUAUACAUGUCCCCACUCCCAUUUUAGCCUUACAACAACCUUGUGAUAGGGGUUUGGUGGAGAGGAAGUGAAUUGGUGAAUGUCACCCCAAGGAUCUCCACGUGUGAGGGAGGAUUUGAACUCAGGUCUUACCAGCCCUGAAGCCUCCCAUUCCAUUACGUCUCAGAGGUUCAGACAUGCACAUUAAUCAAUGCUGUUUGCUACAACACUGUUUUGGCUGUCUAAUUUGUAGCACACAGGUUAAUCCUUUUAGAGCUGAUAGUCCAAAACCACAAAUGCUUUAUCUCUUUCCACCCUCCUGGUGAGGGCACAGUGCUAUCACUUACUUUGAGGAAUACGCAAAGGUACGGUAUAUAAAAUAGAUGUUCAUAAAUGUACCAAGCAAACACAUACAAAUAUGUAAACCACAUGUCUGAAACCCACAACAAAGUCCUGAAACCAUUUUCUCUCUUCCAAAUUCACCUCAAAUAUUUCUCUGCAAGGUCGAAGGAAAGGGGGAGCCUCCCCAUUGUCUCUUUGCUCACAAAUCCUGUCUCAAGGGCACAUUUAAGCAUAGCUGUCAAUGUUUCCCUUUUUUAAAGGGAAAUGUCCUUAUUCCGAAUAGGAUUCCUCGCAAGAAAAGGGAAAAGUUGACAGCUAUGCAUUUAAGAUAUGAAUAGGGUGAGCCUGUGACCUGUGACCUGGAUUCAGGAGUUGAGUAGUUAUCAUAACAAAAGAGUGGCCAGGAUGCCCAGGUAAUCCAAUCAGGUAACCUAGCAGACAGGAGAAGAAGAAAAAAAUGCACUCAGAUUUCUGUUGUAGUCCGCCCCUUCUCUGAUGUAUUGUCUUGGGCUACACCCCUUCUGUGCUGUAGGUAUGAUGUAUCUGGGGGAUGGUACUGAGCUACAGGGGUGGGCAAUUUCAAAGUCUAUAUAAGGGCUUGCACACCUUUGCUCUGGGUCCUCCUCUCUCCUGCGUGGGGGGGGGGGGAGUACCCUGUUGCAACAGCUUUAAUAAAGAUCAGGCUUAUAGCAGCUUUGCUUUCGUAUAUCCUGGUCUGGUCUCUGUUCAUUUCUUGACCGGUUAGAGCCUUAAAAGGUACACUCUCUCUGAAGGUCCAGUCUUCCUUAAGAAGCUGAACAACCCCUUGAAGAUACCCCUCAAUAUUCUUAUUUCAUUGACUUUGGAAUUUCAUGGGAAAUUCAGUACAGAAAUGCAAGUAUCAUUAUUCAAGGAAGCCAUAAAUACCCAGUAUUAAAACUGGUGUUUCUUUCUCUUUGCAAAUACAGUGGUACCUCGGGUUAAGAACUUAAUUCGUUCCGGAGGUCCGUUCUUAACCUGAAACUGUUCUUAACCUGAAGCACCACUUUAGCUAAUGGGGCCUCCUGCUGCUGCUGCGCCACCGGAGCACAGUUGCUGUUCUCAUCCUGAAGCAAAGUUCUUAACCCGAAGCACUAUUUCUGGGUUAGCGGAGUCUGUAACCUGAAGCGUCUAUAACCUGAGGUACCACUGUAUGCCAUGGGUAGCCAUACCAGAAUCUGGAAGGUGGAUAUAUUUCUCUAGCUGAAGAUCAGUGGCUUCAGCUGGAAGCUAGAGUCUGAAGUGCAAAGCGAGGGAGGAUAUGGAUCUGUUGAGUAGGCAAGGGCAGAAAGGUAGGCACCCAGUAUUUAUACCUGGCCUGUCCAAUCCAGUGGCUUCACACUGUGUGCAGUUGGUAGGAACUAAUGUAACACAUCUGUUCUCUACUCUCUGUGCACAGAGGGCUCUGGGGUCUGACCAUAAACUAAAUGCAUCUUUGCAAAAUGAGCCUAUCCCUGCGAAUUCUGCCCUGGCAUCAUCCCUGUAGCAGAAUAAAUUCACUGCCAGGUGAUGCUUUGACCUGCAAGGCAAUAUUAGUAGGAACUGGUAUGACUGCUGUAUGUUCUGAGCCUGUGAAUGGGACUUUAGUACCCAUUCAAAUAGCUAGGUGAGCUGCAGAUCGAUCGGGUUUUCUACGGGUUUCUCUUCCAAAUCAAAAGGCCAUUUGUGGGUGGUUUGUUUUAUAGCCCCAGUUCCAUUGGCCAAGAUUUUAUGCACACGCAGACCCUUGGGUGUGCUCAGGUGGACUUGUGACCUUGAAGAGCAAAUUCCCCCCAUGCCAUAUUGUAAUCUGUUGCUUUAAAGUUUCUUUGGUUUCACAUUUACCCCACAGCGUAGGAGAUUAGAAACCUGAACCGCCGCUCCCAUUCCUGACUGGACGUGACUAUCUUCAGAUUCCCCUGGCCAGAUUCUUGUGUUUUACAUGUAGCGAAUGCUGUUCUUACUAUGUAUGAGAGCUAAUGGCCUGGUUAAUCUGUAAUGGCAGCCUCCUUUGUGAAUCACACUUCUCUGUGAGCACUGCUCCCUUGUGAUUUCUCCAGUAACCCAAUACAGCGGUACCUUGGUUUAUGAACUGUUGUAAAAUAAAAAAUAUGCCCUUUUUCCUUAUGGGGUAUCCAAGAGCCCAUAUAGAGUCCUUACAUAGGUUCCCUAUUGGUAGGAGAGAAUAACAGAGGCCAACCAGAGAAUAUUGAGAAGCAAAGCAGCUAGUAAGCUUGAUCUUUAUUGAUCUGUUGCAACAGGGUGCUCCCCUCACCCGCAGGAAAGGCGGAGGACCCACAAAAAUGCUGUGCAUGGGUUUAUAAAGACUUUUGAAAUUCCCAUCCUCUAGAUCCAGACCACCCCCAGGAACAUUAUGCAUACAUCACAGAAGGGGUGUAACCUAAGACCACCCCUCAGAUACAUCCCACCUACAUCACAGAAAUUUUAAUAUUGUUUUUAUCCUAUUGUUGUUUAUCUCCUGUCUAGCAGGUUACUUGAUUGGAUUGCCUGAGGAGCCUGGCCAUUCUUUUGUGGUGGUAAAAUACUUAUUUCCUGGGCCAGGUCACAGGCUCACACCUUAUUCAAACGGACAUAUCCUUGAGACAGGAUUUGUGAGGAAAGAGACAAUGGGGAGGCUUUUCCAGUUUAACCUUGCAGAGAAAGGAUUUGGUCAGUUUAGGAAUCAAAAUGGUUCCAGGUUGGUCUUCCUGUGUUGAUCUAUGUAUGUGCAGUUAUGAACAUUACCAUAUAUCUAAGACCAUAAAAUUCCUAUCACAGAACUUAAUCCGUUCCGGAAGUCCAUUCUUAAACCAAAGUGUUCUUAAACCAAGGCGUGCUUUCCCAUAGCAGUGAGGGACUCAAUUUACAAAUGGAACACACUCAACAGGAAGUGGAACACGUUAUUAUUCCACAGCAAAGUUCACAAACCAAAACACCUACUUCUGCGUUUGCAGCAUUUUUAAUCCAAGUUGUUCAUAAACUAAGCUGUUCUUAAACCAAGGUACCACUGUAUGCUCCUGGAGUGCGCAGCCAGUAGAAACGCACGUCUCCCAUGUUGACCAAUCACCUUGACAAUAAACCACAGUUCGAAAGUUGAGAGAAGCAUGUUUCCUAACAGGGCACCCAGUUUCUCAACCAGUGGUUUUGCCACCUGUAGCCAAGACAAGGGUUUGGGGAAGCAGGGUGGGGUGGGGAUAGAAGCGAUACAAUAACCUGUUUUGUCUAAUUUAUUCUAAGAUACCUUGUGUGCUUGACAGGAACUUUGAGCAUCCUGCAAACGUCUCAGCAAACAAAGCUAGCAAUGUGUGGCUUUGGUUAAGAUUGAAAUUAGGAGGUUACAGGGCAAAAGUUAUAUGGCAAAAAAUUCAACAAAGGGGUAUAAAUCCAGGGCCACAUUCAUACAGGGUUUAAAUCUUCCAGGGUCUAUAGUCAUUGCACAUUUUAUUCUCUCGUCGGGUUUUCAAUAAUUGCAGCUGCAGUUUUACCUCUGCAAACAUUGCAGGUUGCUUCUUUCUCAGUAAAGUCUCCAGCAUGUGUGACUAUUUUUAAACAGGCCUUUGUGGUAACUAACUUGGCAACUUUCCAGGGUUUUUUCAUGUGUUAUGAAAGUGUUCAUAGUGUUUGCACCUCCGUGAAAGUCAUCAGAGAUGGAAAGAUAACACGGGUGAAGGUGAAUAGAUCCUCUGCAAAGAUAAGUGCAUUUGCUCAUCUUUUCCAUGCCCGUAGCUGGGUUUUUCACACGCGAGCAUUUAUACUUGUUAAUUAAGGUAGCUAGAUGCAUGUUAGUUUAGGGGCUUGCUCUUAUUGCCUCUUUAUUGUGAAAAAUCAUGGGAAAUCUCCUUUUUCAGAAUUAUAUGUGUAAAGAACAGUAUGCAAGAAGGAUUGUUUAAAAAAUAACAUAAUUAAAAUAAUUGAUAAUGUAAAUUUAAAAGAAAUAAUUACCGUAUUUUUCGCUCCAUAGGGUGCACCGGACCAUAGGGCGCACCUAGUUUUUAGGGGGGGAAUUAUUUUUCCCCUCCCCAGCCCCAAAGAGCAAAGAAGCCAAGAAAGCCAACAUCCAUCCCGCUGGCUGUCUUGGCUUCCUCUUUAGCCACGCACAACCUCUCCAGCCGGGAGAGGCUGUGAGCGGCUUCGUUUUUAGCCGUGGGGCUGGGGCUGGGGUAGGGGAAGCCCGAGCUUCCCCCGACCCCAGCCCCCAGAACAGGUCUGGGAGUGGAGGCAAGGUUGCGUAGCCUUGCUGCCGCUCCCGGAGCUUGCGGGCUGGGGGAGCGCUCCGAAGGUUUGCGGAUACCUGUCUGAAGCCAGGCUUCGGGCUGCAGGCUGCUAUCCGCAAGCGGGCACUCCCGCCGCGCUCCGAAGGCUUGCGGAGGACGCACACACAUUCCCCUUCAUUUUUGCAGGGGGAAAAGUGCAUCCUAUAGAGCGAAAAAUACAGUAUAUUGCCCUUCCAUAAAAAUACAGCAAAGCAGUACGCAACAAAAAAACAAAACAUUACAAUAAGAUAAAUUAAAGCAUCGGUAACUACUGGUUGACAAAAACAAUUUCGUCUUUCAAACUCCCGUCUAAAUAAUAGUUUUCAAAAGGUGCCCCAGAAAUGGCAAGGAUGAUUUCUGCUGGACCUCUGUGGGCGAGGAGUUCUACAAGGGAGGGUCUGUCACACUAAAGGCUUGUUCCUUGGGAGAAGCGGACCUAAAUUCAAGCACAGGGGGCAGUGGCAACAUCGGGGUGUGUGUGAAAGGCCCCCCAUCUUUCUUUGGAGGGGGCCAGGCAACCUCAAUAUUCCGCUGCCUAUGGCGGACCUCGCUGGGCCUACCUGUGGCCGCUGGGGAAAGAGGCCCUGGCUCUUCCCAGUGUUCAUGUGGCACUUGGGGCGCGCGGCUUGCACGGAGCUUGCGGUGGUCAAGCCACUUGGCAUGCGCAGCCCACAGGGAGCAUGGCGUAGAAACAGAACUGUCUUCAAUUAAUGGAAACCUUUAAAAUGCCUUUGUCAAUUCUGCUCUCUGCUUGGGGCAGCGGUGCCUGCAGGAAUGCAAAAUAUAGACCAUAACUAGUGUAAAAAGAUCCAAAGGACUAUCCAGGCAAAUGGCUUGCGCAGGGAGGAAAGAACCAUAGAGCCGUUAUCAGCUGAGCCUCCGUGUUUCAUAUUUCAAGACUUGGAAUGUGAGGCACAUUAAAUGGUAAUGAUUACUUAUUGAAGAAUUAUUUAAGAAGCCUUACAUUAUUAAAUGAACCCACUGUAUAUUAAUAACGGGAGGUGAACUAACAAAAUAAAAAUGAUGGCUUACUCAAGAAAAUAACGCUUCACAUUUUCUCUUAUCUUCAUACUAAACACCCUCUUUUGUUUUUUUAAAAUAGAUUUUAUUAAGGUUUAUAGAGAAAAAUAACCAAACCAAGACUUUUAUACAAAAAACCCAGAAAGGUGUGGCGUGGUGGGGGGGCGGGCAGGAAUAGAGAAGGGAAAAGAAAUAAUAACAAAAAGAACAUGCAGACACAGAAAUGUUAAGUAUAAUGGUUUAAUUGACCCCGAAAUGAGAAUGCCUAAAUGUGUAUUGGUGAAAUGGUUUAACAUGGGGAUUUUCCAUGGGACUACUGUAUAUUAAAGCCAAUGAGAGCCCUCUCAACUGAUUGUUCUCUACUAGCUUACAUGGAAGUAUUGCAAUGGUCCAUAUAGUUGCAGGCUCAUUUCCCCCACACUGCCUUCAAAUUUUCUGUAUCCAGGUCCCUGCAUCUCCUACCUUUGCAGGCCAAUGUUGGCAGGUGGACAGUCUUCCUCUGUCCAUUUUCUUCUGAAAUCAAACCAUCCCGCCAAAGGCACAGCAUGGAAUAUUUCAACUGAAAUAGGGCUGGUGGAUGCGGCUUGGCCAAAACAGUCUUGUUAGGCCUGUGGGUCAGUGGUUCCCCACUGCUGGGUCAAGAAGCCUUCUUUCCUUGCUCAGCCCCCCUUCCCCUAGAAGCUUCUCCAUGCAAACAAACACAGCCAGGGUCGUGAUCUUUGGUCUGCCACUAUGAUAUUACUGUGAAAGUCCUUGAUUGUCAGCAGCCGGAGUCAGGAGCAAGUCAGCAGUAAAAACACCAGUGUCUGGGAACUUAACUCUUUAUUCAAAGCAACCAAAACAGUGCAGGCCUGGAGAUCCCAGCACCUCUUUCCAGUAAGUCUUGCCCCAGUGGAGCAGUUGCAAGGAGCCUUCCCAACGCUUCCUAAGACUCCCCCCCCCCCGUCCUUCCCAAGCAAUCUCAGGGUCCUUCAUCUUUUUGCUCUGCCCUUUUUGCUCUGUCUCUUUUUUGCUCUGCCCUUGUUUCUUUGAAUGUUCUGGGAGACCAGGGCAGAGGCAAGCUGUUUGCAGCAGGAGGGGGAGAUUCCCUGAUUUCUUCAGCUGCUUCUCUGUCUCCUGGCCCCCGUCCUCAUCUGCCUCAGAGUCAGGACUUCUCCAUUCCCCAGCCUCUUCCUGCUCACUAAGCCCUGUUUACCUCUUCUGACACCUCCUUCUCCCAGUCUGCCCCCUCUUCUCCCUCUGACCACUAACUGUCACCUCUUGGCUCUGAGCCUUCUUCCCCUGGGGGUUCCCUUGGGGAUUCCCCAGCUGGUCGUCGUCGUCCCCCACCCCGCUCCUCUGCACCCAGCCAGUCCAUGACAUUGAUGCCUCUUUAGUUUAUUGGCAGCUGUUCCAGCCAAUCUGUUGUGUCUUCUGUGUAGCCAUCUGUUGGUGUCAUGAGGACAAUGGGUUGACCUACACAGUCCUCAGUCUCAUGUCUUGAGGAGCACAUCAUCCACAUAUGGGUAUUCUGAGAUAAGGGUGCCAGGUGCACUGGGUUACCAUAGCAACACCAGUGAGUGUAUGACUUGCUGAGUCAUUUGCCCUCCCAUUGGUUCAGUAAAUAUGCCUAUGUGUAGAGACAGGUAUAAUAGUCUCCGGGGCAUUGCUUUCCUUAUGUGCGUCCUCUCCUGUUGUCCCUGUCCUGCUUCAGGCCCUUUUGCUAUCCUGUUUGCUGUCAGGAUCUGACUCUGAAUCUGGGAGAGUCAGGGGAAGAGGCUGCACAAUUUACACAGCAUUAGCUAGCAUGUUGAUAGUGUUAGUGGCUCUCUUUGUACAUAUGUAUCUUUACUUCAAAGGCCAGAAGAACCGCAUCUAGGAGAUAGCAGUGCUUAGUUUUAUCUUGUGUCUGGAGACAUUAAAGACUUUGCUACUUUGAACUGUGUGGGAGAGGAGUUUCCCCUUAACCAGGAACUCUGGAAGAAGCUGUCUGCUGGGAGCAGGAAAUCUCUGAGGACUCUGCUGAUAUGAGGGGUGGUGAACUACCAGCUGACUUCCACAAGUCACCAGCACUAGCCCCCUUUCCUGCCUUCAGUUCAGACUCCCUUUUGCAUAUCCUUAACAGCUGUCAGGGACGUGGCUGAAUUGAACACCUGGGAAGAGACAGUCUCUGGAGAUGAAGGAAUGCCUGUACAAAGGGAGACAGAGUCUGACUCUAGAAGCGAGAGAUCGCAGCCACAGUCAGAGCAGGAGUGGGGUAGUUCGGUCCCCCCUUUAUCAAGCGUUCCCAGACUUGGAGAGCUCACAGACAGAGGAAGGGGAGGAGACAGAAGACAUCGAGGGGGUUGCUAUGCAACCAGGAGGGAGACAGCAUUUGGAGGAAUUGUCAUUUGAUAGCGGGGGGGGGGGGUUCACGCACCUUCUCCUCGAACCAGAAGAGCCAAAAGGGUUAAGAUGCAAUGGAAGUACAAAAGAGGAAGGACUGGACUUUGGUGCCCCACAUGUUGUGAUAGGGGCGGAGACUCAGAGUGACCAACUUUUAGCUAAUGGCGGCACGAUUACAUCUCCGGAUGUAAAUUGUAAAUAAACGUACAUAAAACUGUCAGAGACUUGCUUGCCUGCCUGAGAUCAUUACAGCAGCCCAGGGAUUCUCCUUCACAGAAGAUACAGCUUGUAACCAACCUUCAAGCAGAUGUGACAGUCCAUGUCUACCAAUACACUGGCACAGGCACAGGCAAGCUCGGCCCUCCAGAUGUUUUGAGACUACAGUUCCCAUCAUCCCUGACCACUGGUCCUGUUAGCUAGGGAUGAUGGGAGUUGUUGUCCCAAAACAUCUGGAGGGCUGCGUUUACCUAUGCCUGCUCUGGCAGAUCUGCCAGUGAAGGCCAGGUUCCCUGGCACUAGGUUGGAAGUUCCUCACAGCAAAGCUCUCCUCAAAUACAUCUUUUAGCUCCAUGAGUGAAUGAGUGAGCUGCAUUCAGGGACACAACUGAGGUGGAGACCAACCUUUUCCCUUAGCAUUGGGAGAGCUGUCUUCAUAACCUUGCCUGUUUAUGUGCAGGACUCUAUCCUCCUGAAGCAUGAUGGGUUGCUGGGAAGUGGCCUUUAAAAAUAUAUAAAGUUUUGUCAGCAGUGGGUCUGAUAUUAUCAGCUUUCUUACUGUCAACUCAGUUACUGCUUAAGUAUCAGCUGAUGAUAUCCAGUUGUUCCUUCAACAACUGUGUUUCACUGGUGUUUUAGUUGAACAUCCAGGCUUGACAUCACCGAAACAGCUGUUUGAUGGUAAAUCUGUCAUCCUAGAGACCUGUUGUUGCUGCUGCUUCUAAUGCACAAGACCCCAGGAAAGGAUUUCUUUAGCUCUUUUGUGCAUGCCUAAGUCCAAGUAACGUGGAGGGUGGGGAGAGAUCAUAGAAAUUUUGCGCCAUCUGCUCCAUAGACUAAGUGUGCAGCUGUUCAGCUAAUGGCAGUCUUGUGGAGAUGCUCUACUAGAUUGAAUUCAAAACCCCUUGCCUACAGUGGGAGGAAAGUGGCUGUGAGGAAAGCAUCUUCUUCAAGGCCAUUUCCUCCUCUCUGCAAUCCCUGAAAAGGAGAGGGUGUCCUUUGCAGCUAACCUGGAAAAGUUUCUGUCCCACAUUAAUGCCAGAGUAAACCUCUUGGGAUUUCUAGAGCUGUGCUCAGGGUUGAGCCAUUGUGGUUAAUGGACCUAAGUUACUUAUGCCCAUUGUUUUCAGUAGGUCUGCUUUGAGCAGGACUAGCGUUAGAUGCAACCACUGAUUUCUGCCCUGGGGACAGUGAGUCUGUUGAUGGAUAUUUGUGGGUCUACUUUUGAAUUUCACUUUGUUGGAUCGAAAUUGAAUGUAGCUGAACCUAGUAGGGCUUGUAUUUUGUGCCAAAUUUAACCGUCACAGAUGUAAGCCAUUCUGGCAAAGGAAGAAUCAAGAAUGCGCUUUAACGCUCCCAGUUGUUCCUUUGCAACUGUUACUGUACUGUACCUGCCUCACACCUGAUGUCAUAUAGAUGGUCCUUGGGGGGAAACUGGAACUGCUGGCUGGUCUAAUUUGAGCCACAGACCAGAGAUUCCUCAACUGUGAGUUGAAGCUGGUAGACCUAGUUUUCAGGUACAUUUGGAAAUGUUUGUUGUGUCUUUCCUGUGGCCUUGGGCACAUUCUCUCACCCUCAGCCUUACUGCUGCAACAUUUGGAUAACAACUCAAACCUACCUUACAUGGUGGCUAUAUGAUCCCUGGGAUAAUGUACAGGAAGUGCUUUGAACGCUCAAAAAUAACACAAAUGCUGCUGCUGGUGGUGUUAACAUCAGAAUCAUUAGGUGUGUACAUGGAAUGCUUUGCCCAGGAAAGACCACCUGGCACCAGCUUUUACAUGCUUUUGGCACCAGGUCAAGACAUACCUUUUCUCCCAGCAUUUUGACUGAUUGUGAUAACACCUGGAGUGGGGGGGUGGAUCUGGAUGUGUGUCUUUGGGAGGGGGGGUAUUGUUUAUCAUUUAACUUUAUGGUUGCUUUUCAGUUGUGCUUGUAAGUUGCCUAGAAAUGCUUUGUAUUUGGCAACAUAUACCGUAUUUUUCGCUCUAUAGGACGCACUUUUCCCCCUCCAAAAAUUAAGGGGAAAUGUGUAUGCGUCCUAUAGAGCGAAUGCAGGCUGCGCAGCUAAGCCCAAAGCCAGAACAGGGAGAUGGAGCGCUGCGCAGCGCUCUGUCUCGCUGUUCUAGCUUGGGGUUAGCUGCGCAAAGCCUCCGCUUCACCCCGCUGCCCUGCGGAGGCUACGAAGGCUGUCCCCGCAGCCAGAACAGUGAGACAGAGGAUACGAAGGCUGUGCGAAGGUGGGGGGAAGGCUGCAACGCCAGUCCCACAAGCUCUGGGGGCAGCGGGAAGGCGCGCGACUCCUUCGCGCUGCUCCCUGACCUGGUUUGGAGGCUGGCGGUGGGGGAAAGCAGCGCUUCCCCCCGCCAGCCCCAAAGAGCAGGUCAAAAGGAACCCAAAGCCUCCGGAGCCCAGAGGGAACUCCCGCUGGGCUCCGGAGGCUUUGGGUAAACGCACCUUGAACGCAGAGAAUGCACCUUGUUUUAGAGGGGGAGAACAAGAAAAAAAAUUUUUUCCCUGUUCUCCCCCUCCUAUGGUCCGGUGCGUCCUAUAGAGCGAAAAAUACGGUAAGUAAUAAUAAUAGUAUCUUACAGAGUGAAAGAGGACAGAUCACUGUCCCAAGGAGCUUGCAAUCUAAAAUUCAUUACAAGAAAAACGAUAGCGGAAGGGAGCUUAGUAGAGGCAGGGGUAAACAGGCAAGCCAUAUACAGUUGUUUUGGUUGCAGGUAGGGGCUGAGUUACAGAUCAGGGUUCAGAAACAAAGUAGUUGGGCAAAGGCUCAAAGGUAUGUCAUUAGCAAGUGAAUUUUCUGCAGUGUAACAUGUUAAAUCUUCUCUUGCAGAGCUACGUGGCUUCAUGCAACUUCUUUAGACUCCCCGAAAUCUCCAGUUGUGACAUGGAUAUAGUGAACUACUACGUUUUUUGAUCACUUCAAUUCAGUCCCUUGCUCUGAACUCUUCAGCAGGUAAGUUGUUUCUUAAAGUUCUGACGCAGUUUAUUCAGAUGUGAUGCUCCUGAGAGGAGCUUUGUAUUUGUGCAGGGACAGCCCAACUCUGUAAGCAGCAGAAUUCUGUCUUGGGGGUCCCAGGAAAAUGAUAAUCCUCUCGGGGGCACCAUUUUCCACCUGCCCCCAAACCUUUGGACAUGAUGGCCUGUAGUGUGCAAGCAGCUGCCCUGAUUGCAGCCCUUCUUGCAAGCACGUACAGAGGUACCUCGGGUUAAGUACUUAAUUCGUUCCGGAGGUCCAUUCUUAACCUGGAACUGUUCUUAACCUGAAGCACCACUUUAGCUAAUGGGGCCUCCUGCUGCUGCCGCGCCUCCGGAGCAUGAUUUCUGUUCUCAUCCUGAAGCAAAGUUCUUAACCCCAGGUACUAUUUCUGUGUUAGCGGAGUCUGUAACCUGAAGCGUAUGUAACUUGAAGAGUAUGUAACCCGAGAUACCACUGUAAAUGGAAUGAAUUGAUCUAUUUUUUUCUUUCUGCCUUUGUAUUCUACUCAAUAACAACAUGUCAUCCGGGUGGCUUACAGGAAAUGACAAAUUCAUUCCCCAUAAAAUAAAAGCAAUAGCCCUAAAAUCUUAAGGGCAGCAUAAAGCCAGCGGCAGAGUGACAGUCUCUUCCCUUCAGAACUGGAAAAGGAGCUGCAGCCAGGAGAAAAUAGAAUGGCAAAAUGCAUUGUGCGGCCGCCGAGACCAUAUAACACCUACAUUGAAAGACCUACAUUGGCUCCCAGUACGUUUCCAAUCGCAAUUCAAAGUGUUGGUGCUGACCUUUAAAGCCCUAAACGGCCUCGGUCCAGUAUAUCUGAAGGAGCGUCUCCACCCCCAUCGUUCUGCCCGGACACUGAGGUCCAGCUCCGAGGGCCUUCUGGCGGUUCCCUCACUGCGAGAGGUUACAGGGAACCAGGCAGAGGGCCUUCUCGGUAGUGGCACCCGCCCUGUGGAACGCCCUCCCAUCAGAUGUCAAAGCGAUAAACAACUACCUGACAUUCAGAAGACAUCUGAAGGCAGCCCUGUUCAGGGAAGUUUUUAAUAUGUGACAUUUUAGUGUAUUUUUCAUCUUUGUUGGAAGCCGCCCAGAGUGGCUGGGGAAACCCAGCCAGAUGGGUGGGGUACAAAUAAUAAAUUAUUAUUAUUAUUAUUAUUAUUAUUAUUAUUAUUAUUAUCCAGCAGCAGAAUAUCAAGAGCCAGCCUGCGUGGUUGAAAGGAAGGUCCAGGAUGUAGCCUGACUUUCAAAAAUGCCUCAGCUCCUGCUUUUGAGCUAGCAGGACACACCUGCACAACUCGCGACUCACCAUGCUGAGCAGAUACAGCAAAUGCACGAUGCCUGCUAGUAAAUCUGUUUUGGCUCUUUUCCUGGGGCUGCAUAUGUGUGUGUUGGCAGGGCACGGUAUAUGUCACCGGGGGGCUGUAUCCGUCUUGAUGGGUCACGAGUUGGGCGGACCUGCAUUAGGGAAUGGCAGAAUGAACACUUUUGUGUGGUUUGCUGCCCCUCAAUCUCUGCCUCAGACCUGACCUCUGUGCCUGUAGGUAUAGGGCAGUAUGCAAAUUACAACAACAACAACAACAACAACAACAACACUGAUGUAAACAUUUACUACUGUUGUGAAUGGAGGUAUGCCAAAAAAAAGGAAGAAGAAUAAAAUGUCAGAUAAUUUUCUUUUUUGCCCUGCCCCAUCCUACAGAUUCUCUAAAAAUUCUGCACUGGGUGGUUUUUUCUUUCUUUCUUUUUCUGGCUACCCCACUACACUACGCCAACAUGAUUUGGGGUGUUGUGGGUCAUGCAGCUUGGCUGGAUGCUGACACGGUGGUUUCUGUUUCUGCUGCUAAACAGUCUCACUCCCCCAAAAAACUGUUGGAAAAUUUAUUCUCCACCCCUCUCGCCCACAAAUUCCCUGAGAAUAUUAAUCAAAGUAACACCCUCAAUUUCACUACCGAAAUAGUAGGAUAGAUAAUUUGGGGAGACAAUUUUAUCUCACCUCUAGCAUGAAUGCCUUGGCCAGUGGAGCACAGCUAAUUUUUUAUUUUAUUUUUUAAAAGCAGAAUAGAGGCUGCUUUGGAUAACAAAUGCAGUACUUUACACUUUAAGAAAAGAUUCUUUUUGUUGCCCGAGCGACUUUGGUUCCUGAAACCAGCUCCAUAUUUCUCAUAGUUUUCAUGAGCAGUGCAAACCUAACAGGGCUUAGUUGUUGUUUUCAAAGGUUUCUUGGUGUUCGUCUGCUUCAUGAUGUAACUUCCCAAAACAUGUGUAUGUGUGCAUGUCUUUGCCUUGAGCAGAGUGUGACACAGAAUUAUGUGUAGUGACCCUAGACUCUAUUUUCUGUUCCAGUUCUAAACUGUGGCAAUCUACAACCUAUUCUCAAAGGGCGGAAUUCAUUGUCACACUAUUACAAUUGUUCCAUCAGUGCAUGCGUUUUAGCUUGCCAGGUGAAACUCUUCAAGGCUGGGGAAACCCAGCCAGAUUGGCGGGGUAUAAAUAAAAAAAUAUAUAAUUAUAAGAGAGUUUCACUUGCCAUUACUGAUAUUUUUAAUUAAGAAAUCCCUAUAAGUUUCCAACAGUUGCCUGGACCCUAGCUGGAAAACUUCUAAGCUAAAAUGGCAUUUUCACAGUAAGAGAUAAAUGGCCUUGACUUACUAAGAGUUCCAAGGCUGCACUGACACAAUACACGCAUUAUUAUGCCACUUUAACAGCCUUGGCUUCCCUCAAAUAACUCUGGGAACUGUAGUUGGUUGUGGCUGCUGAAAGUUGUUAGGAGAGCCCUCAAUUCCCCGAGUUCCAUAGGAAGAGAGAUUGAUUGUAGCUCUGUGAGGUGCUUGAUAGUGUUCUGGAUGUUUGGUGUGGGUGCAGCCUAAAUCCCGAGGGGCUCUGCGCUCAGAGAAGGCUCCCUUCCUCUUGCAGGGUAUGGACAAUGGGAGACGGGGCUUUCAAGGGACACAGACCCUGUGCUCUGGAUAAUACUGAAAUGGUUGUCCUCUAAAAAAUACAUGCAUACAGUUUGCUAUUUUCCCUUCUUAGAUACACACAAGCGAGAACCCCAGUUCUCGGUCUCUUUUGUGUGUUUUAAAAAGAAGGGCACCAAUUUACACAUGCAUGCUUUCCACAACUGAUGUGGCAUAUGCACGUCAAUGCUGUUUUGCUUCUCCCCCUCCACCCCAUACUUUGCUGCAACACAGCGCAGAAAGAUAGAGAGUUGCCUGGUUACCUAGGCGAUGUGAGACUUCUCUCUCUCUUCCUGCACUUCUCUGCGGGCUGAGGGGCUUCCUUUUUGCCAUCUGCAGAGGGGGUGGGGAGUUACUGGGAUUGCUUGCCAGCCUAUCAGAUCCCCCCCCCCCUUUCUGGCUUCCACAACAGGAAGCAUUGCAUUUGUUAAUGUUUCACUAGGCUUAGGAGCAAGAGAAAUGGGAGACCUUUGGAGUGUGGCUCUGGGAAGCAGAGGAGUUGCAAACACUCUUGCUGCGCUUCAGCCAGACAUUUGGCAGCCUGGGGAGGGGGAGAAAGUGAGGGUGUUGUGGGAGAAGCCUGUGCACUGGGAUGGGGGCAGGGAGCCAUGAGGGAGGGGAGAAGAGACAUAAGGUGGAAGGCCAGACUGGGUGUCCUGUCCUGACGUUGUUAGCAUCUGUCCGUCUCAGGAAACAAUGGAGUGUGCCUCCAGGGAUGAAGUUGAAUCACUGUUUGCAGCACCAAAGUGACAAGCCUGGGCAGUGUGUCUGGAGGUCCUGGGCUGCCCAGAUGACAAGACACCCCCCCCCCCCCACAUACACACUUGGCCUUGCUGACAUGGUUCAAAGGAAAGCAAAGCAAGGCCUUUGGCACCAGUUUGGUGGCAGGAGUUGUGUCGGGCUUACUCCUUAGCCUUUUCUUCUCCCAAAGAUGUCCCACAAGGCAGCGGGUGCGGAUUUCCUCUUGGGGUUUACUCCUGAAGCCUUUCUCUCAUGAAUGAGUAUGGCCACAAGGUAGCAGAGGUUUAGGAUGAGUUUUCCUUCUCCUAGAUGGGCCACCUCCCCAGGUGGAUGACCCCCAUCUGCCCCUCACUUCCCUCUAGAGCACAUGCAGAAAGCGCCCUCUUUACCCUUCGACCAACAUUUGUCUCAUCCGCUCAAUUCGCGGGUUUCUGCAUUCUCAGUAGUGGGUUUUAUUUUCUAAACCGUAGCUCUUUUUCUGUGAUACUGCUGCAACAAAAUUGUGUUUAUGGUUGCUUUUAUUUUAAGCUUCUUUGAGGGUCAUAUGGCGGGUUAAGAGGCCUAUAAAUUUACAUAUAAAGUGGGUGGGUGUCCAAAAUUUAUACUGCUUAAUAUGAAAAAAAAAUUAUUGAUGAAAGCAGAUAUUUAAAAUAUUCAAAAGGUGAUUAAAAUCAACAGUAGCUAGCACAAAAUAAAACAUGUAAACUCCAUAUGACUGCAUGGGCAUGCUCAGAAGCGAUGUCUGUGACCAGUAUGGGCGGAACCAGCGCAUAGGAGGUUCCUGCCUGAUGUCAAUAAGCAGUAAGUUCCGAAGUGCAGAUGCUGCUACAUUAAAAUAUUGACUUCCUACAAGCAUGGAAUGAAUAUUAUGUGGCACCGUAGGUGUGCCAGUUUUUGCAUUGCUGGGGCUUGGGCUAGAUGACCAGUGGAGCUCAACUCUGUGAUUCCAUGUUUCUGUUAAAGUGGUCAAGUGGGCAUGUCUGAGGUAAGGCAAUCCCUCAGGUAAACUGGUUGCUUUAUAUACGCCUUCGACUUGGCCUGUUAUCAAAUGGGCAUCCAGUUCAGAUCUCUUGAGUAGAGGUGUUCUAUGAUGACAGGGUCUCAUUCUGCCCUAGCGGGAGUCCUUGCACUGCCUUCUGCUGACACAUCACAUUAGUUGAAUCUGGCCCAGAAGACUCACACACUCAGUAUACGCUCGAGAUACCGUACAUUAAAAUGUACUCUUCAUUUUCUCGGUGCUGAGAGCCUAUAACAAUUCAAGUGUAUAUCAUUUCUCAUGUUGAAAGGUAUGGGUUUUUCAGUGGGUCUCAGUUGCUUCAAAGGCAUCCUUCCAGUAGAGGGAGGCAUUUCCACAAGAAAACCCUAAACCUGAUAUCUGGAGAUCAUUAGCAUAAGAACACAAGAGCCUGCUGGAUCAGGCCCACGGCCCACCUAGUCCAGCAUCCUGUGCUCACGGUGGCUGACCAGACCAGCAGGCAGGAUCUGAGCACAAGAGCAGCACUUGUGGUUUCCAGCCACGGGGAUUCAGAAACAUGGCUGCCUCAAACUAUGGAGGCAGAGCAGAGCCAUCACAGCUGGUAGCCAGCCUUAGCCCUCUCCUCUAAGAACUGCUCUCAUCUUCCUUUAAAGCCAUAAGUGUACAUGCAGUCCAGAUUGCUCAUACUUGAAAACAAAAUAAGGAGCCAUUUUUCCUGGAAGCAAAAGGACAGGAUGUGCCAAGAAUGGCGUGUCCUUUUCAAGUGUGUGUAGGUGUUAGGGUUACAUUUCCUUCAUGCGCUGAAGACCACAUAGCAGCUGAGGUCUUGCAUAGGAGGUUGCUGAAAGCGAGAGAACAGGAAGCUCAAAGGAUAAAAAGGAGACUUCAGGCGUGGCUGCUUUUUACCAUCAUCCCAUACAGUGGUGCCCCGCAAGACGAAUGCCUCGCAAGACGGAAAACCCGCUAGACGAAAGGGUUUUCCGUUUUGGAGGUGCUUCGCAAAACGAAUUUCCUAUGGGCUUGCUUCGCAAGACGAAAAUGUCUUGCGAGUUCCUGCGGGGUUUUUUUCCCCUUUUUCCCAAGCCGCUAAGCCGCUUAUCAGCUGAUCCGCUAAGCCGCUUAACAGCUGAUCGCUAAGCCGCUUAUCAGCUGAUCCGCUAAGCCGCUUAUCAGCUGAUCCGCUAAGCCGCUAAUAGCGCUAAUCCGCUAAACCGCUAAUGUGCUUGCUUCGCAAGACGAAAAAACCGCAAGACGAAGAGACUUGCGGAACGGAUUCUUUUCGUCUUGCGAGGCACCACUGUAUUCUGCAAACAGGCUUGCAAACGUGAAAUGUAAAUGUAAUAUUAGUGGUUGAGGUCCUGUUUGCUGCCACAAUUGGGACCAUGCCCUGACCCUCCAACCAGCAGAAAAGCGUGGAGAGGGAAGAGGCAGCUCUCGCCGAUUCCCCUUUCCUCCUCUCUCCCUAAGGGAGGUAGGGAGGCAGAUCCCCUCUUUGUAGACCCUGUAUAACGACCACAAGGUAUAUCUUGGUUUUUCUGUGAGGGUAAACUUAGAUCCUUGAAGACUCAGGCAGGAGCUGAACCAAUAAAGAAAGAUUUAGUUUACAGAACGAAGUUGAUAAAACAAAGGAUGUGUCAGGAGAUAAAAGGUCUUUCAGGAAACAGUUAACUUAUUAAUAAUUAUACUUAAUCAGGUGGAUGAUACAGGCUUCUAAAGAAGGUAAUAAAUGCACAGCUUCUUUUAAAUGUCAGCUGCUUUAAUUCAGUUAUUACUCCUCAGUUAGAUGUUACAGGUUUCUAGACAAAAGUUUAUUUCCACUUCUUUCACUUCAGUUCCUAAACUUAGUUGUUGUGUAGGUGUUACAGCUUAAUACUUUGGUUCUUAAACACGGAGGUGGUACUUUCUGUCCGUUUCCCAGCCUUUGAGAUACUCCUUUCCCAUACUCCUGAGAUACCUCUGGCAGUCUAACAGACCCAGGGGAUCCCCAUGCACCCCUUUUUUCCUGGUCUGGGAGUCUUCUCUUUCUGGAUGAUCUCUCCCCUCCUGACUGGAAGGAGACCCAAGGAGAUGGUAUCCUCACAGCUUCUCCUUCUCCUGGCUCCAACUCAGCCCUCCAGUUAACUCCUGUCUGAAUGCUCUCCCAAGACACUCAACACCGUCUUCCUAUCUAAGCUCAGAGACUCCUUUCUCUAGCUGUAGAUAUUUUUCCCAGGGCGGAUGUUACACACGCAGACCAGGACCAACUCUCUUUCUCUCCCUCCUGCUCUCUCUUAAACCAUCUCCCCAUCAGAAUCCUCUCUCUGAAACGGCUCCUUAUUCUCCCUCCCAAAGGGCUGGCUCCAUCCCCUUCUGGCAGGCCGUUUUCAUGGCCUAUCUUUAUCUUGCCGUGUGGGUACUUGUGUGUGUGGUUUUUAAGAUCAAGACAGUUAAGAGGAAGAAUCUUGAGUUGUGAAAUAGGGCUGUGAGAAAGCAAAGUUCUGAACAACCCACAGCUCUGGUUUCCCAGGCAAUGGCAGGCCCCACACCAUAUAUAAGCACAGGAGACAGUUCUGUGGUUCUCCGGCUGAUGCUUCAAGGUCGCCCUGUUCAGAGAGCCAAUUAACAUUCUGCAAGGUAGGCAAGCUAAGGAACAAUUUACACAGCACAGAGAUGAGCAGGGAGUUUCAACUGUUUCAUUAUCAGUUGUUAUUAGAUGAACUUUCCCUGAUCUUAUACAUCAGUUUAAAAGUAUCUGCACAUUGGACAGAGUUUCUGAAGUGUUAAAUCAUCUUCUUCCUUAUCACCAUCCCUUCUAAUAGCAAACUUGGUGGUCCUGUACCUGUCAUCAAGGCAGUGAAACGGGACCAGACUAGGCAGGGAUUUCUGCAUACUUGGCAGAAAACGAUAAAGAAAAAAACUGAAAGCUCAGUGAGAGCCAAGCAUGCACAUUUCCCUCCCUGUGAAGUGGAAUUUUGAAGACGCCCAGUGUGCAGGAGAAAGAUGCAGGAGGAUGACCGAUUAGGGCCUGAGGUAUGCAGAAACACCAAACGUUGACAAACCAAAGUGGGGCACCCCCCCCAAAGAACCCAGGAAGAACUGAGCAUGCUCAGCUGCCUCCAGGAGCCUUGGGGUGUUGCAUCAGUUGGAGAAGAAAAACAGAAAAUGAGGGGAAGGUGUGGAUUCACCUCCUUAAGCCCCUCACUGCUUAUUGAUGUCAUGGAAGGGCACUGGGGGUCACGUGAGCACUGCCACCCCCACCCCCACCUCCAUGUCUUUAGAGCCCAGGAAGUGUGUCCUCCUCAAGCAAACCUCAAGUUGAACUGGAAUGUCUCUUGUUCUUCUUUCUGUCCAGAAGGACCCAGUUACUCUGAUGACCUGCAGCUGAUGAUCUGCAUUGGAAGUGGCCUGGAGCCAUGCCUGAAUGCAAUGGCAGACAAGGAUGAAUCCAGGACUACCACCAAGAUAUGUCACUGCUCCUUUAGAGGGAGUAUAGCUCUGUCCAGAACAGGCAUAGGAACCAUCUACCCACAGCACCCGUUAUCUUUCGAAGAUCCAGAUUCAUUUUAUUCGUGUUCCUCUAAGCAUGCAGGCGAUAGGGAUGGGUUAGCAUGACUAAAUUCUGCCAGAGUGAAGUACCAACAGCAAAUUAGUUUCAGAGAGGCUUCAGUGAUGCUGAGAUUGCUUUGUAUGGUACACAGUCCCAAAGAGUUCCUUUCUCAGGUUGAAUCAGAAAACGUUUCUCCCAGAUCUGUCUCUCACUCUGCAGACCUUGGAAAUCACCAACAGUCAUAUUCAAUAGCAUCUGGCGCAAUUCUGAGAUAUUUUUUCUAAAUUAACUAACCAGGUGGUCCCAAAAGCAGCCCCUUUAGCUCUCCUUUCUAUAUUUUCACUUGCCCCAACCUCGUCCAUAAAGAACUUGGUGUUGUAAAUUUGGGGGUGGGGGUAGGCUGUUUGCCUGGAUCCCUUCCCCGUUCCUGGAUCCAGCAGGGAUUCAAUUGCUGAAUUAGCCAGGCAAGGACCAUAAGGGCCUUCAAAGUGUGGGUCAUUAAGGUAACAAAGGAAGUGGCUCUGUACCAGAGAAUAACUGUCCGCUAGUUAGAAAAACAAGAGCAGGGUUGUGUGUGAAGCUAGAAGCAGGCUGGGCAGAACUGCAGGCUGUAGGCUGUAAGCUGGGAAACAGAGUCAUGCCUGAUUCUUGCUGGGAUCCAAGGCUGUGGCUGUGGGAGAAUCAAGACCCUCUUGGGGUAUUAUGUGAGCCCCUCAAUUGUAGACUCAGGUGGUCUAGAUGAGUAAAUAAGCUAGAUGGUAAAGGUAAAGGGACCCCUGACCAUUAGGUCCAGUCGUGGCCGACUCUGGGGUUGCGGUGCUCAUCUCGCUUUAUUGGCCGAGGGAGCCGGCGUACAGCUUCCGGGUCAUGUGGCCAGCAUGACUAAGCCGCUUCUGGCAAACCAGAGCAGCGCACGGAAAUGCCGUUUACCUUCCCGCCGGAGCGGUACCUACCGGUAUUUAUCUACUUGCACUUUGACGUGCUUUUGAACUGCUUGGUGGGCAGGAGCAGGGACCGAGCAACGGGAGCUCACCCUGUCGCGGGGAGACAAUCGGCAAGUCGUAGGCUCUGUGGUUUAACCCACAGCGCCACCCGCAUCCCAAGCUAGAUGGUAUAUAUGAAUAAAUAAACCAUAUAUCAUUAACUCACAUAACCCAUACAGUGGUACCUCAGGUUACAUAUGCUUCAGGUUACAGACUCCGCUAACCCAGAAAUAGUAUCUCGGGUUAAGAACUUUGCUUCAGGAUGAGAACAAAUCGUGCCGCAGCAGCAGCAGGAGGCCCCAUUAGCUAAAGUGGUGCUUCAGGUUAAGAACAGUUUCAGGUUAAGAACGGACCUCAGGAAUGAAUUAAAUACUUAACCCGAGGUACCACUGUUUAUCAUACAGCAAACUCAAUCCAAGGAAAGCAAACUCAGGGUAAGUGCCUGGAACCCCUGGGAACUUUCAGGACUCUGAGAUCUCAACACACGGUCCCUCAUCUAAUUUGAAACUUAGCAGAGCCUGCUUAGCUUUGCAAAUGUGCUAGCAGUUUUGUUGCUGCACCACUAGGGGUUGUAGGCAGAUUAGCAAAAGGUAGAGGCUGGGAAAUGUCCUCUGAUUUUUUUUUAGUUGCAAGUUGGUUUAAGCAUGUUUUGUGUCUUGCUCUCAUGGAAAUAUUAGCACGUGAUAUGUGGAAAGCAAGGAGCCAGGCUAUAUUUGACAUGGUGUGGUUUCCGUUUCUAACUUUCAUAAAUACUUCUUGAGAGUUCAUCGCCUCUCAACUACCCACGCUGGGUUUAGGAGGGGCUGUAUUAUCGCUAACCUGAUUUCAAUGGAUACCACUUCUUUCCAGUCAAAUACUGGAAUAAUGACGCAUGAGAGACCAGUCACUGCUUGCUUUGUUACUGUUCUUUAUUGUACUGGAGUUUGCAAAAUUGUUCUUUGUUUUUGUUUGUUUUUUACUGAAGCGUUUUAUUGUUAGUCUCCAGGGGUAUUUAUGCUUUCUUUGAGCCCAUUGGUCACAUGUCAUUUGUUCUCUCUCAGCCGCAUAUGAUCAUAGACAGAUACGAUCUGGUGUUGUGACUUUGAUUAGUGCAUUUAAUAAACUCAAUCCAAACAGCAGAAAAUACAUCCUUUGUCUAUUUGCCAACCAUAGCUAAAACGGGAAGCCCCAUCUAUAGUAGAUCCUUUCCUCCUAAACGUAUUGCACUUUCUCAAGAGUUUCUGGGAACACCAUCACUGUUGUACGUUAUAUGUAAUUUUCCUUAAUGAGCAAGGCCACCACCAGAUCUCCUCCUUUUAUGGAAUCCUAGAAUUUCAUAGAAUCAUGUAGUUAGAAGGGACCCCCAAGGAUCAUCGAGUCCACCUCCUGCAGUGCAGGAAUCUCAAUCCAUUUUUGUGAAUCUCACAAAACAUGUAAUGGCGCAGGGUUUGGGGAGCACAUUCUUUGGCCUGGCAGGUAGUGCUCAAUGUGCCCACUCAAAAUCAUGUUUAGUGAAGUCCAUCUUGGGGUGGAGAGGUUUGAACAUGAAACUUAGAAUCCCUGUACGUUAUCUUCCUUCUCCCCCUCCUGCAUCUUCCAAAGGCACAGGUUAGCCUCCCCUAACAACCUCACUUAUUAUGGGCUCUCCUUUGGGUUCGUUCAGUUGUUUGCAUUUGUUUCUAGAUUAUAAAUUAUGGUUUUGUUUUUUAAAAAAUAAAUCCCAGUAGCUUCUUUACAUGUUAUGGGGUGUUUGUUCAUAGUGAUUAAUAUCAUUAUUGUAAGCAUUAGACACUGCAUAGUAAAUUGAGUAGAUUAGAUAACUGGAGUUUACCGCAAAAGCACAUGGUUGACAUAUGAUGUGUUUGUUAAACUGUAACAUGCAAAUCCGGGCUGAGAGGCAGGUGCAGAUGUUUUUGGCACUUACCUACCAAAAUAAACUGUUCUUGCAAGAGAUCUGUUCAACGUGAGUGGUUUGGGGGCAGAGGGGCCCCUAAUACUGUGCAUUUCUUUUGUGAUUUGGGGUUAGGGGAGUAUUGUGACCAGAUAACUGCCUAUAGGCUCUCUUCAGUGUACCUAGAUAGUUGUAGAAUAUUUUUACAAGAGAAUGGAAAAUCUCAGGAUGCCAGGAUACUUAAAUUCCCGCUUUGGGUGGAUACACGGCCUGCCUUAGAGCAGGGCUAGGCAACCUAAGGCCCGGGGGCCGGAUGCGGCCCAAUCGCCUUCUAAAUCUGGCCCGCGGACGGUCCGGGAAUCAGCGUGUUUUUACAGGAGUAGAAUGUGUCCUUUUAUUGAAAAUGCAUCUCUGGGUUAUUUGUGGGGCAUAGGAAUUCGUUCAUUCCCCCCUCCCCCCCAAAAAAAUAUAGUCUGGCCCCCCACAUGGUCUGAGGGACAGUGGACCAGCCCACGACUGCAAAAGGUUGCUGACCCCUGCCUUAGAAAAAGAGCAGAAGCUCUUGUUAGGCUAUUUCAACUGCAAACGGCUUGGCUCUGUCAUAUAUGCUGCUGAGCUCCUCCCACUUUUUAAAAUUUCAAGCUGAGUCAUCUCUGUCUGUUUCUCCAGGUUGUGGUGUUUUAGAGACCAAAUAUGCCCCCCCCCGCCCCAUUGUAAAACUUCGCCUUUGAAGCUGUUAUGAGGUGGAAGCGCCCCCAGCAACCAGCGCUGCAGGACAUCUUUGAAAUGCUUUUCCAAAAGCACCCACAUCUCCUUAAAGAGACCUCCUGUUUUGACCAGGAGGCUUAUCUUGUGCUUUCAGCUUAAGCAACCUCUUAGACAAGCAGAUUUGUAAUUUGCCCUGGUGAAAGACACACACACACACACACACACAGAGAGAGAGAGAGAGAGAGAGAGAGAGUUUGUGUGUUGUAAUGUGGCAAAGAAUCGGUGGUUACGAAAUCUCCAUACGUCACCCUUAGUGGGUUGCUUCCCCCUCCCUUAUUGGCUCCGGUUACAAGAGAAGGGGGGGGGGAACCUCUUGAGAAUUUAGUGAAGCUUUUACUAUGGCAGGUGGAACAUGCAUGCGGAAUGAGAUUCUCAGUUUUUUUUUACAAUGGGGAUGAGAAAAAGUUUUGCACAACCUUCCGGUUUAAAGGGCCCCUUAAUAUGUAAAGGACAGCAAUGAGGAGUUCAGCUUUAAAAAAAAAAAAAAAGCCUGGAGAAAUUAUUAACCACAAUUUAUGACGUCAGAGUUGAUCUGAUUAAAGGUUUGUUUUCUUGCUGGCAGAGGUGUGUUCUGUAGAGACUGGUUCUCUCUUCUUUGUUUUUUGUUUUGUUUUUUUAAGUUUCAUUUUUGAACAGCAAACGGAGAAGCUGCUGCUCCAGCUGCGUGUGUGUGUGUUGUAAAAAGGAUGGUGUUUCUCUAGCUGCCACGCACAAAACAACACAUUUGACCAUGAGGACUCUUCGCAGGUUGAAGUUCAUGAGUUCGCCCAGCCUCAGUGAUCUGGGCAAGAGAGAGCCGGCAUCCUUGGAUGAGCGGGGGACCCAGCAGCGACGGGCCUGCUCCAACGCCACCUGGAACAGGUACGGUCUUGCAUAUCCCCCACGCACACAGGCAGGCACCAGGAAUUUAUUCCACAAUAGCCAACGCAGCCAACACUGCAAACAAUCACUUCUGGCUCAGAUUUUAAAGAGCAUGUGCUGUGCACACACGCAGCAACAAGGCACAACACAGUUUGAAGUCUGAUUUUCAUAUGAGAGGAAACUUCCAGGUUUUUCAUGCUUCUAGCCCUUCUGUUAGAGCUGUCAUACACAGUUUUCUCUCAUUUCAUUCUCACUGGCAAUGACUGUUAAGAUCUAGGGAACCCUUUUUCUUUUGCUGGCUAUUAUGUCUCCUGGUUGCUUUGCUUGUUGAGAAAGUAGGUGUAGUUUCUCCUUUCCCAGGGGAGGGUGGUUUGUUUAUGGAACAGGAAAAACUGCAUGUGUUUUGGUGAUGGGGGGGGGGAGAGAGAAACACUUGAAGUGGGUUGUUAAAUAUAUUUGUAGCUAGAAAUAAAUCACGGGGAGAGAGAUUUACUGAAGGAAUCUCUGCCAUUUUUUAAAAAAUACAAAUAAAAAAUGCCAGAGUUCCCUAUGUUAUCACUAAGGUUUAACCAUUAUUGAUGUUGGCAUUUGAAGAAGAAAAAAGGGAGAAGCAGACCAAGUUACGACUAUAAUCUCAAUCCGGGCCUUACUAAAUGUUAUAUGCACGUGUGUGAAAUGAAACCUCAAAAGACUUUUUAAAAUAUUUUUGACUAGAAACACUGUGGUGGGGGUGGCAUUCAGUUGAAAGCAGAGAAGUGGUGGUCUGGGAAAGGAAGGAGGAGCUCUAAAUUGUUUCUCUCCGACCCCCCCCCCACCCUGAAAAGACCUUCUCUUUUUGAGCCACUCUCCUGGGCGCUGAAUGCAGGGGCGAAGGGCCUCCAAUGGUUGGGGGGACAGGCUUGUGUGGAAUAAUGCAGUCCCUUGGGAACCCAAAUCCCAGGAUGUUUAGGAUUUUGAAGGCCAAAAACAGCACCUUUAAUUGAGCCUGGAGGAGGAGGAGGAGCAUGAAUUUACUCAUCCUCUUUACGCAAGUCUCUCAAGGCCAUGCACAAUAAAAAUCAGCAGAUUUUUUUUUUAAAAAAAAUAGACAGCGAUGGCAGAGACCCAUUCAUCCAGGUGGCAAACCACACCAUAAAAAAAAUGUAUUAAACCGUUUCUAGAAAGUGCAAGCAGUGGUCACUUGUCGAAUCUCGACAGGAAUGCUGUUCCACAGAACAGGUAGCCAUGCCGAAAGCCCUGUUUUGAGUUGCCAUGGAGUGGGCUUCUGAUCUUUUGGAACUUGUAGGAGCAGCUCUUCUGCAGACUGCAGUGACCUGCUGGAUAAAUAAUGGAUAACACAAUCUCUAAAUUAACUUGAUCCUGAGCUGUACUGGGCCUUAUAUGUUAGUACCAGCACCUUUAUUCUGGUAGUCUGGUAGCAGAGAAGACAAUUAGUGGCUGCCCACUCCGAUGGCUCUACUCUGCUUCCAUGGUCAGAAACUAUACGCUUCUGAAUACCAGCAGCUGGAAACCUUAGGAGGGGAGAGGGCUGUUGCGUUCAGGUCCUGCUUGGCUAGACAGGCCACAUGCUCUCAUUCUUAAGUUGCCAACCAGUGGAACUCCCAGAAGCAAGAUGUUACAUGCAGGUUCCCACAAGCAACCUGGCCACUGCAUUCUGCACCAUCUAGUCUCUUCACCAACCUGAAGGGCAGCCCCACAUAGAGCACAUGGCAGUGGUCCAACUUGGCACUACCAGUGCAUGGACAACCGUGGCCAAGCUGUCCCAAUCCAGGAACAGUUGGUAAAAGGCACUCCUAGCCAUCACAGACACCUGUGCAUCCAGGGAUGGGUGGAUCCAGGAGUGCCCUCAGAUUACACACCUGCUCCUUCAGGGAGAGUGUGACCCCAUCCAAGGCAAGCGACUUACCAAAUUUUCAGAGCCAGGAAACAUCUGCAAAGCCUCCAUCUUGCCAGGAUUCACACACAUUUUUUUUCAUGCCCACUGCUGCAUCCAGUCAUCUUCUCAUCCAUCCCCAAUUCAGAUGUUUCAGAGAAACAGUGUAGGUGUUGGUGUACUCAUUGGUGUACUGAUGCCACCUCGUGCCAGAUCUCUUAGUGACCUCUCCUAGCAGCUUCAUGUAGUGUUCAGUAGCAUUGGAGACGGCGUAGCACCUUGUAGUAUCCCAGGGGACUGAGAAGCACUCAGCCAGUGCCAUAACCAUCCCUGGAGAUAAGAUAGGAAGCUCUGUAUAACAGUGCCACCCAAAUCCCAUCUUCCAUAGACAACCUAGAAGGAUAUCAUAAUCGAUUGUAUCAAAAGCCAGUGACAGAUUUAUUUAGAGUCACAGGGUCACAUCUACACUAUCCCUUCACUCCCCUUUAAGCCUGCAGCUGUGUCACCAUGACCUUUUCAAGUACCUUGCCCAAAAGGGGGGGGGGAUUUGUGACGGGGCAGUACUGGUAGUUGUUAAUACGCCUAGUCUUUAAGAGGGGGUGGUCCCCAUAAGGAAUAGGCUGAAUACAACUUUCCUAGAUUGAUAAUAUUAGCAGCAAAUCUGUUUUGGGAUUGAACUUCAGUUUCUUAGCUCUCAUCUAGCCUGUUACUAACUCUAGGCAUCUGCACAGAGUAUCCAUGAUUACAUCUGGACCACAUGUAAGAGAGAGAGAGAGAGAGAGAGAGAGAGAGAGAGAGAUGGGUGUUAUCUCCAUAAUGAAAUCUACCUCCAGCUCCUCUGAUUACUUCUUUCAGUGGUUUCAUAUAAUUGAUAGGUAGCCUGUGGAGCACUGUAGCAUAGCUGCCCCGGUGCCAAACUGCAGCCACCCAGCCCAACAUUCUGCAAAUGAUCAUCAGGUAGGAAUAAGUGUAAAGCAGUGUACCCAAACCAGACAGGCAUUUCUGAAAAAUAUUGUGGCUGAUGAUAUGCUGAUGUGAGGUGUCAGGGAAUGGACACGUGCCUUCUGUCACUCUCCUAUUACAGUUUGACCAGUGGCUGACCAAAGCCACUUCAGUUCCCAAUCUGCCUAGAAGAAGGCAGAUAAAAAUGGCUCCAGAAAAUGAGCGUCAUUCAGGAUACCGGGAGCCUCACAUCUACACACUUUGAACCAAGAAAAGGAGAUUUGCAACUCAGUGAUAGCUGGUGAAAUCACCAGGGUCCAGGAAGAAUCUGCCCACCUGUUUCUAGCCGCUGUUAAUACUUUUUUAAGAGUUUGCCACCAUCUAAGUCCUAAUCAUCAACCCAACCAUUUCAUUGUCUUAGCAGAUCUGAGAAUAAGAAGUGAUUGUGUUGGUUGUCUGGGUCAUCUCUGGUUUCUGGAGGUCAACCAGGGCAUCAGUUUGUGCACCAACCCAAUCAACUAGACACCCUUGCAGAGCUGUCUGGUCCUUCAGCCCUGCAGAGGUUAGCAAGAACCAGUGGCUGAAAUUAACAUACUCGCUCUGCUUUCCUUUACUCUGAGCCUCUCAUUGGUGGGCCACUUUAAGGAUGAGAUGGAGCAUAACAGGUCAGGGGUAGGCAUAGAGUAUUAAGGGGGCAAGAAAAUAGCAUUACUGAUAGCGGACUUGAUUUGGCCCUGGAGCUACUGCUUGCUGUUCCCUAGUCUGUGAAUCCACCUUGACAAACUCCUUAAUCACACACAAACACCAUGGUAAUGUCUUGUGACCUCAGUGGCCAGCCUUUCCUUAUUUGGACUCGGGGUCUAUUUUUUCUCUUGCCUUGUAGGUAAGCUGCUCUAAUGCCCCCUGGCAUAUGUCACUACUUAGCUGUUUCGAUUAGCCACCUGAAGUGACACUGACUUGUGAGAUGCAAGACCUUUGCUCACUUAAUAUGCAUCCAGGCGAAUAUUGGGCAUAUAUGUGCCCAGGUGCUAUGAUAGCCUGUUGUUGCAGCAAAAAAUAGCAUGCUGUUUGUUACAGAAAAAAUGGCUUAAAUUAAUAAAAUGUGUGUGCAUAUGAGUUUUGAGGAAGGGGAGAAACAUACUUUGUUUUUACCCAAUGCACACCCAGGCCACAGCAAGCACCGUCUUAGAAGAGACAUUCUGUCUUGUACAGCAGAGAAGAGGCAAUGCCACUCCUUAAAGUGCCUCUCAAAAUUUGUGUACAUCUGCUAUAAAAAGUCAUUUUGUAAAAACAAAACAACAACAACAAAAAACCAGAUUGUCGCCUGAUUAAUCCAGGGGACUUUUUAAAAUGUUUAACUCAAUAUUGCAGACCUAAUAAAUAUAUUUAUUAUACUGACUAGAUUAUCUGUACAUAAAAUCCAGUUCAAAACUUGAGAGAGAUACUUUUCCUAACAAGCAGUAGAGUGGUUUCCUAGGAAAUGUCCCAGUUUGUCAACUAUUCAUUUUACCAUCUCUAUUCAGUAGUAUUCCUAGAAGCCAUAAGAUAGUCUCUCUGGACAAACCGAGGUUCCAAUUGAAAGCAAACUUUGAUUUUAAAAUAAAUUAAACAAUUGUCCAGUAGCACCUUAGAGACCAACUACAUUUGUUCUGGGUAUAAGCUUUUGUGUGCAUGCGUACUUCUUCAGAUACCAACUUCAGAUACUAACUUUUGAUUUUAAAAGUUACGUGACAGAAAAUACAAGCACACUAAAAGCUUUUCAGCAAGAAGACAUCAAUAUGUCUGUCUUUCGGGCAGUCUUCUCAGAAAGUUACAGUGCAUUAUAGUCUAUGGAAUCCACUUUUUUCUUUUACUUGUCCUAUCACCCUGUAGCCAUUGGGUGGUCAGUUGUAAAAUCACACAGGGCUCCUGCACCUGUAUUGUUAAAUGGAAGAGCAAAUUUCAACGGCUUUUGGUGUCUUCUGAUCAACUUCCGUCUUCUUCUUCCGCCAAGGAGUGUGGUGGAGUCUCCUUCUUUGGAGGUCUUUAAGCAGAGGCUUGACAACCAUAUGUCAGGAGUGCUCUGGUGGUGUUUCCUGCUUGGCAGGGGGUUGGACUCGAUGGCCCUUGUGGUCUCUUCCAACUCUAUGAUUCUAUGAUUCUUUGAAUCCAGCCACCCUAUGGGGAGAAAAGAACGUAAGGAUAAAAUGGAGAGCAGCUGCAGCUGCUUCAGUCAGUCAGACUUCUAUUGUUUAUGGCCAGUGGCUAUUUCAUUAUAAAUUGCAAUACAUCAACAAGACGAUCCACUUAAAAUAUAUCGAUUUUCAGAACUGCAAAUGACCCAAAAUUGAAAUUGAAAAGUUCCCCAAAUCAUUUAGAAUUUUAAAAAAAUCCUGUUGACCGUCAAUGGUGUUCUGCAAGUGCUUCAUCUCUCCACUUCUUUUCAAUAAUCUUUAAAAAAAGUUGGACUCUUGGCUGCAAUUAAGGAUGUGAGCUUGUGACUGAAAAUUCCUGGUCCGUAGGCAAGGACAAGCUUUGGCAGAUCAAGGACCAGAAUGAGAAUUUUUGGCAGACCUGGUUCAGAAAUCGGGGGAUUUUGAUGCAAAGAUCACUUGGAGGUUUGUUUGGUUUUUUACAGUGAAGUGGCAUAUAAAUUUGAUAAAAUAAAUGCAUUAAAUGCAAUGAUGAAGAGCCUUCCACCCAGACACUGAUCAGGCUCACCAGGCAGUUUCCAACUCAGAGCCCUCACCUGACAUCUUCCUUCACACUCUUGAGUUCUCCGAAGCUGUGGCUUGACUUCACACCACUUCUAGUUGUGACAAGAUUGACAUCAGGUGAUUGGCAGCUGCUUUGGCACCUGUCCCUUCCCCAGGCCUGCCUAAGAUUCACAAUUGGUCUCAGCUUUUGGAAUUCCUAGCAUGCUUUCAUUCUCUGCAGGGAUUUCCCUUUGAUUCCAAAGCUAAUGUGAAACUGUCAGAUCAAAGCAAGCCUUCUGCCUGGUUUCUGCUGUGCAAAUUUAUACUUUAUAAUUUCAUGGCCUCUUCAGCUUUCCCAUGAAUCCUCAAAACAGCUUACAUUGCCUGCUUCACAGCCUACACAAGCAAACCAACCUAACAGCAAACAUAAGCAUAAAUUACAUUACCUACCAGUUUCAUUUAAUCACUCAAAAUUUGCAUAGGAUUAAAAUAACUUCGAUUCUUUACUUUCUUUGUGAAGUCUUUAGCUGCUCGUUGAAGUGGGGCAGGACUGGAAUAAGCUCUAGAGUGCUGAAAACAGAACAGAUAAUAAUAGCAAAAAUGAAUUCCAGGCUUUCUGAUCUUUGGCCUAAUUUCUAAGACCAAAAGGAUAGGAUAUUUGUUUGUUUUCCUUUUUUGUGCCCCUUAGAAAACAGUGGCUGCUUGUAGGAUUAACUGGUAGUGUUGGAGGUUGGGGGGAAGGAAGAGACAAUGAUGUAGAAAGAAGGGGAAUAUAAACCUGAAAAAGACAAGUGUCUUAAAAUGGUGAAAUUGAUCAGCAGUGCAAGUAAGUAGACAUUUUACACAUCAUGUAGGCCAAAAUCCGCCCUCACUGCUGAACUGCAUGUGAAGAACACGAUCUGAGGGAAGGAGCUGCCACAGGUACCUGGUCUAACCACUCAACCUCCUUGCCACUGAGACUCUUCAGUGAUGCAUCAAACCUUCACCCAGUUCCCCAAGUUCUCUAUGACAGAGUCCUGGAUUUCCCUGUCACAAACAACACGUUGCUCUUUCCCUGCUUCUGUUGUGAGUUGACUGGGACAAGGGCUUGUUGUUGGACGUUAGGAGAGCAGGAUUAUGGCUGGAACCUCUAGCCUCUUCCCCCAGUCCCAGAAAACCAGUUUCCUCCCUUUCCGCAAAACAAUAGACAGCAACGUACCAAGUACGACCAUGUUACUUACAGCAUUUGUUUAUAUAUGAUAUCCUGCAUUUCAUGGAUUCUAAAGAAGUAUAUGAAAUAAUCUUGUAAAAUCAGACGUCUGCAAAGCUAGUUUUAAAUGGAUAUUCCUUAACUGGGUACCUCGGUUUAAAAAGCUCCGCUAUCUUAUGUAUUCAUGGGAUCCAAACUCCAGGUCCUUAUAGAGAAAGACACCCUUAGUUUGGUUAUUUCUUUACAGUUCAGGGAAACAGAAUAAUCCACUGUAAAAGGUUAAAAGAAAUGAGAAGACAGCAAAAUAAUAAUAAUAAUAUUUAUUUAUUUAUUUAUUUAUACAUACAUACCCCAGCCACUCUGGGUAGCUUCCAACAAAGUACAGUGGUACCUCGGGUAAAGAACUUAAUUCGUUCUGGAGGUCCGUUCUUAACCUGAAACUGUUCUUAACCUGAAGCACCAGUUUAGCUAAUGGGGUCUCCCGCUGCUGCUGCGCCGCCAGAGCAUGAUUUCUGUUCUCAUCCUGAAGCAAAGUUCUUAACCCGAGGUACUGUUUCUGGGUUAGCGGAGUCUGUAACCUGAAGCGUCUGUAACCCAAUGUACCACUGUAUUAAAAUGCAGUGGUCUGUUAAACAUUAAAAGCUUCCCUAAACAAAGAAACAUACCAUAGGAGCAAAGGACACGACCCAUUCAAAAGAAACCAGGCCUGGAUCAGCAGAAGUGAAAUCAAAAUAGUUUUUCUGUCAGUUCUUUCCCUCAAAGCACAAGAAAGCUAUGCAACAUUACUUUUAUGUGAGAUGUUCAUCUUUUGUGUGUGCAUAUAUUGCAUAGAAAGGCAGUUCCCUCCAUUCCUUCACAUUUUAGUGUCCGUAAGAAUGGGGACUAUGCAGAUAGUAGCAGACUGAGUCCUACUUGAUGAAAAACUGUAAGCAGAGACUGCAAGGAAUCCUUAUCAACACCUCAUGUCGUAGCUGCAGCCAUUUUAAGUUUGUGCGGGCGUCAGAGCACCCCUAGCUUAGAUCUUGGGUUGCAAGUCAUUUACUGGGGUCCACGGCAGGAAAGAUUUGCAAAGUAUGUUAAUCACAAGUCUUGUGCAUAUAAAUGAGCUGGGGGGCUAAUUUGCUGACUUCAGCAUCUUCACAUUACCAUAAUUAGUGUAUAGUUUCUUGAGAAGAUGUCAAGUGUUGCGCAGUAUCUUACUCUUACGCAGUUCUGAUCAAUUAUGAAUAAGUGGCAGUUAUUAAAGCUGAAGAAUGCUAUUACUUUUGGGAGUUCUUGUUCCCUUACUCUUUUUGCAAAUUUGUCACCCUCACUUUUUGAUAGCUCUGUGUGGCUAAUGAGAGUUUCCACAGUCAGCUGGUUCAACUUGCCCAACAUUGUCUGCAGGGAGGGAAGCGGGGGGAGCCAGCGCAUGCAGGGAGAGUGGUCUCCCAGGGAGCAGAAAUAAGGGUGGGGACAAAGCAGUUGAAACUGGGAGCCAGCAGCAACAGGGCUUAAGCAGCAGCAUCAUUAUAUUAACUGCCUCAUCACAGAGCCGGCCCUGCCUGUGAGGGUUGUGGGACUGAGAGAAGGGUCUCUCCCAAAGGUCUCAGAACUCAGAUAGGUUUGUAUGAGGAAAUGCCGUCUUUCAGAGACCCUGGACCCUGCUUGAGAGGGCAGGGAAUGCUGAUUUGCUACACCAGCUCACAAGCUUGCACAGUGGACAUGCUUGGAUUUGGACUGUUUCCAUCACACAAUGGUAGCAGGACUAGCUCAGGAUCCAGCCAGGGCCGUAGCUAGGGGGUGGUGCGGUGGGCCCCCACCAGGGGCGCAGGCGAGGGGGUGGGCGCAAAAUCACCUUAAAAAUAUGUCCAGCAGUUUGAGGCAGAGUUGUAUAAUCCCCAUUUAGCAGAAAAACCUGUAGGUUCUGUAGAUAGACGCAGACCUGCUUUAGGAGGAGUGGGGCAGGGAUUUUCCAUUCCCUUCUGCUCUGAAAACUAAAGCCAAGCUGGUAAUUCAAGAAGGAAAGUUUACUUGAGUGACACCCGUUGCUCACCAUGCUGCCUUGGGAUGGUACCCCAGCUCAGGUACUGCUCACAAACAAACCACACCUGUAUUGUAUGGUAGAUGGCGUGGUUUUCAUGAAGUGUGGUGGUAGGACAGGGAUUUUGGUGACUGCGCCAGUUUGAGAAGAGUCUGCCUGCAUGGCCCAUGGUUCCUUGAAAUGUGUUCCUUGAAAUCAGAGUUUUCAUUAGAGAGAGAGAGAGGAAGAACUUCUGCCUUGAAGCAUCUCACUACUUCCCCAGAUCUGUGAGCCUUUUAAGGUCCCGAUUAAUUUAGAACAAGUGAGGGACAAAUGACACCAAGACUCUUUUGUUCCCCCUCCCAUUAAUUUAUUAAGUAAUAAUAGUUAGGAGGACCUGAGCAGUGUUUCAUGCUUUACAGUAAUUAUACCAUCUUUGUAAUGCAUAAAGAUGUAUUAUAUGUACAUAAUAAUAUAAUACAUAACCCACACAUUAUGAUGAGGAACAUUUUGCUGGUGGAAGAAAUAAGAAAAGGAUAUUGAAAUUGUACAAUGGUGACAGAGACCCUCAUCCUAUGUCCUUGGUCCAAAGAAUUUGUGCCUGAGUAGUGGGGGUGUCUCGAGAUCUUUUCUCUUCCAGAAGAGCUUUUCAGACUGCAUGGGGAUCACUUCUGAAGAUCCCUGAAUUUUAGGGGCUGCUUCUUGAACGGGGACUUCGAAACUGCACUCCUCUCGUGGAAUUGUCUGUGAAGACCUUUGGAUUGUGACCUGACCUGGCAUUUAAGCAACACAACCUCCCAGCAUUGUUAUUUUGAGCUGGGUUAUGUUCAGCAAGAAACACACAGAAGAGUUCCUUUUAAGUUGGAGAAGAAAGUCGAUUUUACUUUAAUGUUCUCCCACAUUUUGUACUAGUUUUAUGUGUGCAGCAAAUUUUUAGCUUGGGAUGUGAAGGACUUUCAAAAAUACUAACUUCUACCUGCAGUCUCACGUCACCUGCAAAAUAGUUAGAUCAGCUUUUGACUGGACUAUGAUUUAAACAAGAUUCCUGCAUUGCAAGGGGUUGGACUAGAUGACCCUCAGGGGUCCCUUCCAACUCCACAAUUCUAUGAGGCUGUGACUAUUACAUAUCCAGAGCAGAUUAUAUCCCUCCUUGGAAGGAGGACUUUGUUCUCCCAAAGCCAGUGAAUCGAAAGUGUUUCACUGGGUCAUUUAUAGAGCAGGAAUAUGCAAUGCAAAGCAUCACAGAUCAGAAAAUUAUAAUCCUAUAAGCUUCAGAAGCAGAAUUCUGUUACCUAGGUUGUUAUUUAAAUCUGACAGACAGGAUGAGCAACAACAACAAAGAGAGCUGUAGUCCUGUUGAUUCAUCCAAAGCAAAAGAAUUGAGCGAGUUUCAAGAAUUGAAGACCCAGUUUCAGAUCCUGUCUUACUCAUGAAGCUGAUGAGGAGGCCUUGGGCAAGUUGAACUCUCUCAACCUAGACUAAAAUGGCUUCUUUGCACAAAGGAUGGAAUGCAGUGGAGUAACUUAUAAUUAGUUGGGCUAAUUGCGUACCCCAGAUGUCCUACUAUAAUUUGUUGGUGGAAACAAACCCUUUUGUCUUCAAACAAAUCUGAAUACCUCCAGUAAAAAUUACAAAUGCUUGCAAGAUGGUGGCAGAAAGUAUAUUUCAUAUUCUGAAUGUAUUUCAUUUUCUCUCUGAACUGAAUUGCGCCUGAGUCGUACUGCUGUCUGCGGAGACAUCUAGCCUCAAAUCUUUCAAAUUGUCCGCUGAGUGUAUCUACAUGCUGUCCCAAACCUGCUGACCAGCGUUUCCAUUCUGUGUGUCUCUGAGAGAGGAGUUCAGACAAAGAGCUACUGAACCAGCUUGAAACAGUUAUCAGCUGAAAGAAGAAUGGGGAGAGAAGAGAAAAACCAAGCAAUAUCUUCUAUUUUUAUCUGUUCAUGCAUUUCUGCAUGGUUAGGUAGUGGCCUCAUUGCCCUGGCCUGCCAGCUACGGUUUCCUGUAAAUGGGAUGAUGAGGCCGGACUUGCUGCUCAACAAUGAGGCUCAACAUGAAACUGGAAGCAUGUUUUGGUGAUGAGCUGCUGCGACCGCGGCAAAAGGUCAUGCAAACACAGCAAUUAUUGAAGCAAAGAAUCCCACCACUUUCCUCUACACACAGGAACUCUUUUUUGUCCUUUAAGGUGUGCUGAUUGAAGUGCUGGCUUUCUCUACUGUGCAAAAUACGAAUGGCAAUACAGUAGCAUAACAGACUAAACGCUCUGCAGUCUAUUUCCCCUUUAAGCAUAGAAUAGGAGAGGGGGUUGGCAAUCCAUCCAGGGGUUCAGCCCAGCUUCCUGUCUCGCCCUUGAUCCUGUAUUCCCUCCAAUGCAUCUCAGAUCCUUUCUCCUGUGCCAGCAGAGAUUAAGGGAAAGACUUCUUUGGCACCUCUGCCAAAGAGCAGCUAGAGGCUUGAAUAGGGCCCUCACAUUAUCAUCAUCUCACCUGCUGUCUCCCUGGGUCUGUCUGAGGCAAACAAGGGGAAAGCUCUGCCAAAGACUGCUUUCUGCUCAUGAUUGCAUCUUCUGCUCAUGAUUGCAUCUCAUGAUGGCCUCAACUAGAGCCAGGGCUUUCUCGGCUGCGGCUCCAAUCUGGUGGAACGCUCUGUCACAAGAGACUAGGGCCCUGCGGGACCUGACAUCUUUCCGCAAGGCCUGCAAGACAGAGUUGUUCCACCAGGCCUUUGGUCAGGGCCCAGCCUGACUCCUCCUCUGGCAACCUGCACAGAACUUUGCUUAAUGGUUGCCAUUAAUUUGAUUUUAAUUAAUUUUUAUAAUGAAAUGUUUUAGAAUGUUGGAUUAUUUGAUUGUUUGAUUAUUUGAUUGUUGUUAGCCGCCCUGAGCCUGGCUUUGGCUGGGGAGGGCGGGAUAUAAAUAAAAAUUAUUAUUAUUAUUAUUAUUAUUAUUAUUAUUAUUAUUAUUUUAUAUAUUUCAUCAAAUAUUGCAAUAUUACCAUUAAUAAAAUAUCACAUGUAUCCUGCCCUUCCUCAAGCAAGCUCAAUCUAUAUCUAUCCUGUAUUAUGAAAUGCAGCAUUUUUUCCUUAAAGCAGCUUCAGUCUGAAUGGAGAAGAAGAACAAUAGCUCAACUGGUUAGAACGUGGUGCUGAUAACACCCAAGGUUGCAGGUUUGAUCCAAGGUGGGUUGGACUAGAACAGGCAUAGGCAAACUCGGCACUGAGAUGUUUUGGGACUACAACUCCCACCAUCCCUAACUAACAGGACCAGUGGUCGGGGAUGAUGGGAAUUAUAGUCUCAAAACAUCUGGAGGGCUGAGUUUGCCUAUGCCUGGACUAGAAGAUCCUCAGGGUCCCUUCCAACUCUACAAUUAUUCUAUAAUCUAGCUGAGUUUUAAGCUCGUAAUGUUUACCCAGUCAUAGUUGAUGGUUAUGUCUGUACAGAGGGAUUUUCAAAUCGUCACUCAGUUUUGUCGUUGUUGGACAGGGAUUUGAACCCAAGUUUUCCCUGAUCUAGUCCAGUAUUCCAUCCAUUACAUGCUUUAUCAAAAAGAACUAGAAGUUAGAACUUCUCCAUCUUUUCCUCCAGCCUGAUUUCCAUCUGUUCUGUCUUCUUCACCAUGCUCCUUGCAGCAGGUUUGUGGGUUACCCCUCACUUUCUGCGCUUUGGAAGUAAUUGUUAGGAAUGCCUAAAAACUAAAGGCUGUGAAAUCUUAAGUUAAAUGCUGUGCAGCUUGUCACAAAUGUGCCUUUUUCUUGCAGUAUCCAUAAUGGAGUCAUAGCUGUGUUCCAGCGAAAAGGUCUUGCAGAACACGAGCUCUACAAUCUGAAUGAAGGAGUCAGGUGAGUCAGAUCAUCAGAUUAUACACCUGUCCCAAGACACAGUCAUCACCUCGGAGGGUCAUUGUUUCAUAAGUGAUCUGUACCAUUUUACUUUAUUCCAACUAUUGAGAUGGUGGCACUGGUGUUAAUGACAGUGUGCAGAGAUGUGCACAAAGGCAAGCCCUCCUCAAGGAAUUAACGUAGGUUCUGCAGUUGUUGUUGGCUUCCAUCUUUCUUGAGAGACAAUGGAGUGUGCCUCCAGGGGUGAAGCCAAACGGCUGUUUUAGCAGCACCAAAGUGACCUCCCUGGGGUGCAAGAGGGUAGUUACCAUAUUUUUGCCCCUGAAAAGUUCAUACAGUUGAAGAGAGGAUGAUGCAAUGCUCUUUCUAGCUUCCUCCUUCACCUCACUGUGCUUGUCCCUUUUCAUACUAGCCCUGCAACUUUUCAGAGGUGCCAGAAAACAGCAGGGCUAAUCAUCAACCCUCCUUUAGACAGCAGCAGCCAGUCCUGUUUCGCUGCCUGAGGCGAAAUGACAAGGAUCUGGUGCCCCUUGGCUGAAGCCUCACUUUACUGGGGUUGCAAGAUCUCGCUCCUCCUGUCUGGGGCAGCAGGGGCAGGCAGGGCAAGGGUGCUGCCCCAAGGAAUUCACCACCCAAGGCAGCUGCCUCAGGCUGCCUCAUGGGUGGGCUGGCCGGCCCUAGCUGUAGGUAAAGGAGACAUAAUUUACAGUAAAAUCCAUUAUGUGGUUGCUAUAAGCGAUAAUGCCUUUUAUCCUUUUCUUGAUGCCCACUGAGGCUAGAAUUCUCUGCCCCUCCUCCAGCAGCCUUCUUUGUUUAUCUGCUGGCUGUGGACAAAGAUGCUGUGCCUUCACCCUGCCCAGCAUCAAAGCAAGCAGGCUUGCAGCAAACGCCUGGAGCACUGCAUGCCCCUGUUCUUCCCCUGCCAGCCCGCUGCAUUUCUACACUGGCUCUAGAUAAGGGCCAUGUUCCCUCCUGUGGGUACAGCAUAAAAGCCAAGAGCUGGCAGGAAAGGUGUAGGUUGCUCCAUGUCUCCUUCACCAGGUUUCUAUAUUUGCUCUAUAUUUUUCCUAGUCUGUUUUCUACUUAUAAGAGAGGCUGGCAAAGAAUUGAAGAAUGCUCUAUUCAUCCUCUACUGGGCCACUUUUAGGAGUUAAACAAAUCUGGUAUAUUUUAUUUUUUAUUAUUUGUAGUCUAGGGUUGACUUUGUAUGGGUGGGGUAAAAGGAUAGGAAGAGAAGACCAUGAAAAGCUUUCCAUGGCUGGUAAAGCUGAAACAAGCCUCUCCUUUGAAGGUCUUGGCUGCAUUUCCUAAGGGCUAGUUGGAAUUGUUGUUCUUUCCUGUGCUAUAUUUUUUGGAGCAGGCGUAUCUUCCCCCCUGCACUGAUUAUGUUGGUAAGAAUUUCAGAUAUUUACUGUAUAAGAAGAACAGAAUUUGAUAACAAAUAUGCUUUUAACAUUGUUGAAUGAAUGAGCUGAUGCAUAGGGAAAAAAGCUGUCAGAGUGGUGGAAGUCUAAGGCAUAGAGGGUCACACUUGAGAGAGGGAUCAGUUGUGUCAAAGGCAACAAAGGAAGCAGAGCAAGAGAGAGAAGAGACCUUUGGGCCUGCCAACAAGAAGAUUGUCCAUGAACUUAGCAAGGACAUUUUGGUGGAGUGCAAAGCGUGGAAGCUAGACUGUAGGGGGUGAGGAAUGGAGCUGGAAGAGUAAGUCAAGUGGGAGUGAGCAGCCUGCUGAAAAAUUGAGGAAGACAAGAAGAGAGAGGAAAUUGUGAUAAAGCAGGAUAUCAGUGACUCAAGCUUUGAGGUAUUUUUAGCUGCUUCCAGAUGCUGGUAACAGACAAAGCACAUUGCAGAAUUGCUUUGCUAACCUCUGCUGUGGCUGUUGCCCAAUACAAAGGCAGCUCCUGCCUCUUUCAUAAAGGUUUUUGUAUAUGGCAGUUUUGAAUACCUAAGCUACUUUUGCUUUUCUGAAUUAAAAUUGAAGGCACCAGGAAAGUUAGGCUCGGCUUACUUUUAAAGCCUCACAUCACCUUGCCAACAAAGGUCUGUAUAGUUAAAGCUAUGGUUUUCCCAGUAGUGAUGUAUGGAAGUGAGAGCUGGACCAUAAAGAAGGCUGAUCGCCGAAGAAUUGAUGCUUUUGAAUUAUGGUGCUGGAGGAGACUCUUGAGAGUCCCAUGGACUGCAAGAAGAUCCAACCUAUCCAUUCUUAAGGAAAUCAGCCCUGAGUGCUCACUGGAAGGACAGAUUGUGAAGCUGAGGUUCCAAUACUAUGGCCACCUCAUGAGAAGAGAAGACUCCCUGGAAAAGACCCUGAUGUUGGGAAAGAUGGAGGGCACAAGGAGAAGGGGACGACAGAGGGCGAGAUGGUUGGAUAGUGUUCUCGAAGCUACCAGCAUGAGUUUUACCAAACUGCAGGAGACAGUGGAAGACAGGAGUGCCUUGGCGUGCUCUGGUCCAUGGGGUCACGAAGAGUCGGACACGACUAAACGACUAAACAACAACAACAACACUGAGGGGCAAACUAGAUGGGAUGCAAUCUGCAGGUUUUUGUUGUUUGUUUUUACUUCAGAACAAGCAUUCCCAUGUGGAAUUGCUCAUUUUGUCCAGUGCCACUAUUUCAGUAAGUGUUAUGUGGUUCAACUAUGAUCUAACAAGGUAUUGUGUCAUUUUUGAUAGACGAACACAUUUACUCUUGCAUGAACAUUCACUGGCCAUAAAGUACGGUGCAUGUACAGCACAAUGUGAUGGUCACAUGAUUUAUUAUUAUUAUUAUUAUUAUUAUUAUUAUUAUUAUUCUCUUUGGAACAGGCAACUACUGAAAACUGAGUUGGGAUCAUUUUUUACUGAAUAUUUACAGGUUGGUACAGUUUGCUUUUUAGUCUUUUACUUUUCCCUCACGCUGUUCACUGAAGCAGUCUGCUGAACAAAACUAUUGACAGCAGGCGCUUCUAACCUGAGUCAGUCCCAUUGAACUAAAUAGGACUUACGGAACAAUUCCGAUGGAGGUCAGGGAGCAGCAGAGCAGCAGAUCCACCACCAUAGCAGAAGUCCUGUCGGCUCAUGUUGGCCAGGGCUGAAGGUGCAGGUAGGAGCUUUGUCACUCUUGGUGCACCAGCUCCAGUCUGGCACAGCUGAGGGGCCAGGACAGACAUGCAGAAGAUGCUGCUAUAAAUUAGUUCCAUUUUAUUAAUUCAAGUCAUGUAUCUAACAUUUAGGGGGGUAAUAUUUGAAGGACGUUUUCAAAAUUAUGAUAUAAAGAUGGCCAACAUAACAUUGAAAGACUAAUGGGGGGCACUUUUGUAGGGAUCCUGGCUCAGGCCAGAGGAGUUUAACCUCCUCCCUACACACUGUGGCUGCAAUGAAAACUAGGGGAGCCCCACACCUAAGGUUAAGGAAUGUUUUGGACCCUGACACGGCUGCUAGCCAUAGGGCUGGGUUCAACUAGCUAAUCCCAAUAGUAGAAGCUUGUGCAAGGACUUCCAUGAGCUCAAUAGGGCUUGCACUGAUGGAGCAAUCUCCUUAGUGCUGUGGUGAAUUCCUCCCAUAAAUUGUGGUUUGAUGCUCAAAGAAAACAGGAUUUAUCCUUGGCUGCCUCCUUCUCCUCACUUUCCCUGAGCUCUGUGUGGAUUGUAGCUGAGACAGUUGCAGAGGAGUCCUCCCUAGCUUGCUGGCUAUUAAAUACCUAGCAGCAAGCUUCACGGAUCUCAUCCCCCUGCAACUUCCUCAUAAGACAUCCGGAGCUUGCAUGCUUGCGAGUUGCCUCCCUUUUGCCUUGGCAACUGUUUCUACAGCUCUGCAGCUGCUGGCUUCAGCAGACUCUGCCAAGGGAGCUGCGCCAGUGGCUGGUGGCAUCUUCUGCUAUUGCACAUGCAAGAAUAUGUGGUUGUUUUUCUACAAGCUCAAAAAUUAGAAAGUGACAAAAAAAACCAUACAAGCGUGUGAUUUCUAAGCCAGCCCAGUCAUGUGAGUUAGCACAAGUUUUUAAAACAAUCCUACACUAAACGUUCCCCAGUGAGUAAUGUGAGGGGUUGAAAGGAAAGCAGGAUCUGACCCAGGCUAUGCAGUCCAGUAAAAUCCACACUAUAUAAUUCUAGUUUCUUUGCAUAUUGUCUGUUUCCAGGUUUAAUUUUCCUGCUUUCACAGCAUUAUAAAUAUUAAGAUGGGACAUCCCAUACAUUGCAAUUACUAUUCACGUAGCCCAGUAGAAGCUGUGAGCAACCCUCCUCUAAUGAACUGCCAUUAAAAAAAACCCAAAAUACCUUGUGGUUAAAAUAUGGAAGUAAUAAUCUAUCAACAAUUCAAGGGAAGCAGCAUAACAUAAAUGGAAAGUUGUUUUAUGUUGUAUUUGCAGAACCAGCUGCUUACAAAAGGCAUGGUGAUCCUGAGGGACAAGAUCCGGUUUUAUGAAGGUAAUUGAGGCAUCAAUUGUGCCUACGGAGCUUGAUCCAAAAGCGCAUCCAAAUCAAAACUCUUUCUUCAACUGGCUUCAGACCAGAACAACAGCCUGCUUCUGCCCCAGCAGUCGUUUAAUGUUCCUGCCUGCUGAACAAGGAAAUGAAGUUGGUCUGGCACAUCAGCUGAGGAAACGGCAGCCUCCCGUGUGGCUGUUUACCUUUUGCCUCAAAUUAUAAACCUCUUUAUGAUCAAAUAGUCCUGUGAACAUCAGUGAAAAACUGCAGAAGCCAAUUCACUGAGAAUGUUCCUUCCCUUAGACUCCACUCUUCUGUCAAAGAGCUCAUAGCCAUUUCCAUCCAGGUUUGCUUAGCUUCUGCACUGGAACUCCAUUCUGUGACUUAAGGCCAUUCUCUGGGACUUUAAAGCGGGGUGGGGGCAUGUCUCAGGGGUUGCACAUAUCUGGGGCUGCACAUAAAUCUCCCCUCCCCUCACACACCUGCGAAAAAAGUAAGUUUGAAUCUUAUUAAUUUAGGAGAGGGUGUUAAUCAGCUGCCCUUCAGGGGCUUGGUUUUAUUGCUUUUUAAAAAGGAGGGUACACACAGACAGUCGUUAAUUCAUGCACACUUCGUUGAACUGGUACAAAAUCAUUCGAGCCUCACCAAAUGGAGCUUGAACAAAAUCUUCCUGAUUCAAGAGGCAGGGUUUGCUCUUAUUAAGCCUGAUUCACAGUUUGCACAGCAAAUAAAUCUCCUGUAUCUCUGCAUGAACUUUCAUGUUUGAAGGAGAUUCCCAGUGGUAUGAACACAAGACUCUACAGUAGUAUGCCAUAUACCAUCUCAUGCAUCACGGUGCCCAUGAACUAAAUGGUUGUGCCGCACAGAGCUCAUCUGUGUGUUUAGCUGUUUGUCUUUCAAAUGUAUGCAAAGGGAAAAUGGAAAAGAGCUCCUUCCUUUGCAUGUAUUUUAAAGAAACAAGAAGCUCAACGUAUGCACAGUUCUGAUGUGGCACAUAAUGCAUAUAUUUGGUAGUUUGCUUUUCCACCUUUGUACAAAAUACCCUUUUAAAAAGAACUCUUCAGUAUGAGCCCUUGGACUAACCCCCCCCUUCCUAAUUUGUAGGACAGAAACUUCUGGAUACCUUGGCUGAAACGUGGGAUUUCUUUUUCAGUGAUGUCCUGCCCAUGCUUCAGGCUAUAUUCUAUCCUGUGCAGGUAAAAUAUUGCUCUGUUACUUUAGAAUCAGGAAAAACCAGAAGAAGCGACUCUGCAGGUUGAUCAGCCAAGAGCCAGAUAUCACAGCGGGACAACAGAUGAGGAAAUACUUCUGCCAAACACAUGGGGGGGUGUUUUCAUUACAGAGAAUUGCCUGUGUAGGCGUGUCUCUCUUCAUAGCAUGAUGUUCACAGUGUCACUAGAAAAUUAUAGCUUGAACUUUCAAAAAGUCCCACCACUUUCUCGGCCUAGAUGUGUCCAGUACCUCCAAAAUAACUGGCUAGGAUCCAGAGAAUCAGUUGAUUUGUUUUGCAUUUCCAUGGGCUAUUUGGAGUUAUGAGGUUUGGGGAUUAGCUUUCUACACCACCACUCAUCAGUCCUGUGACUAUCGCAAGCCACUUUCAAAACUAAGAGGAGUGUCAAAAAAGUUUGUAACUUUAGAGAGGUUUGAAAACAAAACAUUCCUAAAUACAAUAUCCUAAGAAACAUGAGUUAAAUUCACCACUGUGAUUAAUAUUAUUUCGAUAAACCUCUAUCCCCACAUAAAAUGAUCCAGAUUAUAAUGGCAGAAAUUUUCAUAGAAUUAGUCAGUUAUAGGAUUUCUAUAGAACUACAGAAAGUCAAGUACUAAAGAUUAAUAGAUCAGGACAAUAACUUUUGGAGGGCCCAAAAUACUUCUGUUGCAUUUCCAAUGUCAUCACAUUCCAUACAAAAACAAAUAUUUAUUAUUAUAUAUAUCCAUCUCCUUAACCAAACUCUUACCCAAAGUAGUAGUAGUAGUAGUGGCAGCAGCAAUAGCAAUUUUAUUAUUUAUACGUCACCCAUCCGGCUGGGUUUCCCCAGCCACUCUGACCAGCUUACAGCACAUAUAAAAACAUAGUUAAACGUCAAACAUUAAAAACUUCCCUAUACAAGGCUGCCUUCAGGUGUCUUCUAAAAGUUAUGUAGUUCUUGGUCUCCUUGACAUGUGACGGGAGGGCACCUCUGCCUGGUUCCCCGUAGCUUCACUUCUGUCAGUGAGGGAACCACCAAAAGACCCUCAGAGAACCUCAGUGUCCAGGCUUGAACAAUGGGGGUGGAGACGCUCCUUCAGGUAUACUGGACCAAGGCCGUUUAGGGCUUUAAAGGUCAACACCAACACUUUGAAUUGUGCUCGGAAACGUACUGGGAGCCAAUGUAUUUCUUGUGGCUGAAAUUAUAGUUGGGGGGGGGAUUGCUCCAUAAUUCAUAUGCCCUCCCAAAAAUUGAAAACUAGAAAUGGAAUUGAUAUAACCAGUCUUGAUAUUUUACAUCAUCUUUGCAUUAAUUUUUACAUUAUGAAACAUAUAUGGCAGAAAUCAGCCAUUUUGAUGGAUUAUAUAAAUUUUAAAAAUGAAAGUAAAUACCAUCACAAAGGUUCCUAUGGUAAUUUCCCCAUAAUUAUUUGGAAUAUUAUAAAGGCAGAAUCUGUUCAUUGUUCUUCAGCUUAUGAAUCUCCAUUUUGUCCUGAUUGUACAUAAAGUUUGUGUUCCUUACUGCCGAGACUAAAUUAGGGAAUCUUCCAUUAAAUCAAAAGGACUUAAGCAGGCUUAACUGGCUUCCACAAAUAAAUCUGAAAGCAAGCAAACGACAAGUGUUGAAAACAACUUUCAUUCAAUUGUCUCUUUAGGGAAAGGAGCCCUCUGUCCGACAACUGUCUCUGCUGCACUUCAGGAAUAUUAUAACUCUCAAUAUUAAACUGGAAGAUGCCUUGUCCCGUUCCAGAGCGAGGGUUCCUCCUUCCAUUAUUCAGAUGUUACUUAUCCUACAGGUACGGAUUUUUCUCAAAUAUAUAAAUUGUGUUUGUGCAUGACUUUAGCGUAACAAACUGUUCAAAAGGACUUACUGGUGUUGACCCCUCUUAGAAGAUGCUUUCGUUUACUCCAUUUGGUGACUCUCCAUGUAGCAAGAAGCCAUUCAUUGAGAAGUGCAUCGUGUAUGUUGAUUCUUGGGGCAAGAUGCCAUUAUUACCACCCGCACCACACAGGACAGCCAGAACCCAUGUAUGUGGUGGCCCAUGAUGUAAGAAUUACUACUAAGUAAUCAGAGAAGGUGGGACGCGGGUAGCGCUGUGGGUAAAACCUCAGCGCCUAGGACUUGCCGAUCGCAUGGUCGGUGGUUCGAAUCCCCACGGCGGGGUGCGCUCCCGUUGCUCGGUCCCAGCGCCUGCCAACCUAGCAGUUCGAAAGCACCCCCGGGUGCAAGUAGAUAAAUAGGGACCGCUUACCAGCGGGAAGGUAAACGGCGUUCUGUGUGCUGCGCUGGCUCGCCAGAUGCAGCUUGUCAUGCUGGCCACGUGACCCGGACGUGUCUUCGGACAGCGCUGGCUCCCGGCCUCUAGAGUGAGAUGAGCACACAACCCUAGAGUCUGUCAAGACUGGCCCGUACGGGCAGGGGUACCUUUACCUUUAUCUUUAAUCAGAGAAGGGAUGGUUUGCAAACAGAAAAAGUUGGUUAGUGAUAAAGUUGGUUUAUCACAGAAAGUACACUUGUCUUAUAAACCACUUUGUGGAGAAUACAGAAACUGACCAUACCUGGCUCCUAGAUUAAAGGAAGCCAAAUGGCUACAGGAAGGCCAUGCUCUUUUGUUCCUCUGCUUUACUUACCUUUACAUGAACAACAAAAUGAGGACAUAGGAGGCCAUUUACUAUAUGGUGGCAUACCACACAGGCAGGCAGGCAGGCAGGCAUGGCAAGCGAGCUACUCCUGAUCUGCUCUUAUCUUGCCUGGUGGCAGGAGGAGAACUUUAUUGCAACCAACACUGAGCUCUGUCGUUGUUGUAGGCUUGUACUUUUAAAACAGCUGUGUGUGGCCUGUAAUAGAGGGGAGACCAUAUCAAAAGCUUUUUGGGGCCCUUUGUAUGUAUUCGCCUCUGCUUCAUAAGAUUAUCAGGGAGAAAUGUCAUGUCAGCAGCUACCACAAUUGUGUUCAGUGUUGUGUAUGGAGAAAACUAUGGUGGUGACUCUUCUGUAAAUCCUAAUGCAGGAGUUAAUAAAAGUUACAUUUUUUAGUUUCACAGUUCAAUUUCAGUCAAAGUUUCCUGUUCCAUACUAUACCAACAACAUCCUUUUUGGGUGAGGCCACCUGCAACAGGAGGAGGUGGGAUUCACUCCUGAAGUGGUAGGAUGUUCUGUACUAUUUCAGACUGCACAUGGGAGUUCCUAAUUUUGAGUGCUCUCCUCUGCUAACUGAGCCUUGUAUUAAAUAGCAAGGGCUGUUUGCGCAACUGGGCAUGAAUGAAGGCAGAACACGAAGCUAGAGUUCUUUCCCAUUAGGCCAAUGAAGAUGCCUGUCACCGGUGGCAUCAGAGUAAACCCUGAUUAUAGAUAACAUGCUUGGAGAACACUGGAAGCUCUGUUCACAGUGUAAAAGAAUGCAAGAAUCCUGCAUUGUGAAUGCCUGGAAGUGGGCCAGGAACAGCUCAGGAGAGGACGAGGUCAAGCUGGAACGGAUUCCACUUCCAAGGGCAGCUCCAUAGCCAGCCACAGAAGUCCCCCGACAGCACUGAAAGUCAAGAGGAUGGAAAGUGCUAGUUGUACAAUAAGGAAAUCUCACCCCGAUCCUGAGCUCAUUCCUAGGAGGAAGGGCUGAGUUUGUAGUCACUCAUACCAAGCUAAUGACACCUCAAGGCAUUGUUUUCCCCUUCAGAGGCUACCCCAUGAAGCCAUGAACUGGAAAUGUAUUUAUUUAUUUAUUAAAUUUGAACACCACCCUUCAUCCGUAGAUCUUAGGGCAGUUCACAACAUAAAAUUACAAUAUAUAAAGCACACGUCAAGGUGUGCUUUUUUUGCAAGAAACUUCUUAAUGGAGAGGUCAUCCUAUAAUAACCUUUUGUCAUAUAAAUUUACUAGCCCAAACCUAUGCAUAUUUACCAUAUUUUUUGCUCUAUAAGGCUCGCUUUUUCCCUCCUAAAAAGUAAGGGAAAAUGUGUGUGCGUCUUAUGGAGCGAAUGCAGGCUGUGCAGCUAUCCCAGAAGCCAGAACAGCAAGAGGGAUUGCUGCUUUCACUGCGCAGCAAUCCCUCUUGCUGUUCUGGCUUCUGAGAUUCAGAAUAUUUUUUUCCUUGUUUUCCUCCUCCAAAAACUAGGUGCGUCUUGUUGUCUGGUGCGUCUUAUAGAGCGAAAAAUACGGUACUUGGAAGCCUUUGCCAGGGACUGGCAUUCAGUGGCGCUUGCUCCUUAGAAGGCAAUUUCAGUGUGUGCGGAUGUGGAAAGGCAUACAUAGAGUUCCCUCUGUUGCACAUAAUACAUCUAUCUGCCUUUCCCCCCAGACAAAUGUAAGUAGGGCCUACUUUCAAUCAAAGGUGCAUGGGUAGGACUCAAAUCAACUUUUUUUGUACAUUUGCCUGCUGUUAUGAAAUACUUAGAAGCAAGGGCCAAAGACUUUCCUAGUUGUCUCUUCUGAGGAUCAAACAAGACGUGAUCCUAAACGUGUCACUUGUAAGUUCAUCAAGGAUGUUUGAAAAAACAACGAAUAAUAGUCAUGAGGGACGAGCGGUUUUCCCUGGAACCACCCGUGCACAGGCAGGGGAAGUUUAACUGUUACAAGUUGUGAUCCCAGUGAUCCCAGCCCUUUCCUUGCUGCUGUGAGCCUUGGGCAGGGGAAACUCCCACCGACACCAACAGUAAGGUGUAGGUGGCAGUUUUCAUCAGGAUCAUGACAUCAGGAGGAAAGGUUAGGACUCCCGGGUGCACUGUGGUCCCACGGUACCCUAUGCAUCUUUUUUUAAAAAAUCUGCUAUUGGUGCCUCAAUGUUAAGCAUUUAUUUUCAUGUGUGGUGCCUUCCGUGGUUUGGCCCUGAGUGUUUAAAGGGACAUUAAUGUAAUUUUAAACAUGCACUUCCCAAGUGAUUGUGGAAGUCGCAUGGGUUGAACACACCAUGGAGAAUCAGCUGCAAGGAAAUUGUGCCUUUAAAUGUACACCUCUGUGAAUAGUAGCAUGUAUUGGAUAUUUAAAUAACACCCAGGCUUCUAUGUGACAGACAAGAAUUUGCCCUUAGCAAACAUCACUGUAUUCUUAAUAAAAAUAAUUGAUGGUGUUAGCUUAAAAGGCAGUAGCCUAAUUAUUAAGAUACCAGAAAAGUUGCUCUGUACAACCUUACAGAGAUUUCCUAUCCACUUCUUUAGUCAUACUUCAAAAGCAAGAAAAAAACCAGUCAAACUGAUUUAGUUAUUCACAGAGGAUAAGGCUGUGGAAAUGCCUUUGAAAGCUGAAAUCCAUCAAAAUGAAAAACUCAUGAAUGUUUUAGUCCUGGAACAUAGGUGUGAAAGGGUGGGAGGGUGUUAUCCUCAUAAGCACUCGACAGCAGUCAAGCCAGCAUUCAUACUUCUUCAAAGCACUGCAUAGGAUAUCUCUUCAAAGAAACUUAAGGAAGCCAAACUUAGCCGUUUAAAGUAGAUUCUUGCCAAUCCCUCCGCUUCCUGCUUGGAGAUAUACACACAUUAAACUCAGGUAGCUAAGCACAUCUCAGUUUGGAAGUGAAACAGGGCCACCCAAAAAUAAGGGCGUGCCCAUGCUCGGGGGACUCCCUAGGUGUGCAGAAAUAUGUACAUUGGUGGUUUUUUCUUUAAACGUGCUUUCUAAAGCUUCUAGCAUAGCUUUGUUAAUUCUUAGGGUUGCCAAAUUGUAGAGCUUUUCUGGGGAAAUCUCCCCCCAAAAUAGUGAUUUUAAGCUUUUGGAGCUGUUUCUUUUGUGCAGCUACAUUUCAGUGGAACUUGCAGAGGAGAACUUCCUGUGACAUUGUGCCCUAUCUGCCAUGGAUGCCAUAGCUGAGACUCCAGCAUUGCAGGGGGUCAGCCCAGGGCGGUCAGGGUCACUGCCAUCUCUAAAUUAACAAGGUGUAAAGUGCAUCAUCCUGAGCUUGCUGGCCCAGUGGUCUGACGCAGUAUAAGGCAAGUUUUAGGGAAAACACCAGGGGCAGAGCACGUGGUUUGAAUACAGAAGAUCUCAGCCCCUGGCAUCCCAGUUUAAGGUCUCGUAUCACAAGACUGGCAAAAACCUCAGCCAGGGCCAUUUUCCUUUAGGUGAGCUUUCCAUGAGCCGCUACAAGUUUUUGACUCCGUGGUUUUUAAAUCUGGCAUAGUCUCUUAUGCUUUUAUACUUUUAGAUACAAUGCCUUCUGUGUACAUGCACGUGUUAAGGAAGAACAAAAAUGAUAUUGAAUAAAUAAAGAGCUAAUGCUGGUUAGAAAAAGCUGUCUUGGACUGAUUUGGUAUGUCUGGUAUUAGUAUGUCUUUGAGAUUUUCCGCCUCAGGCACCAGAAAGCUGUUGACUUCCCCUACUAAAUAAAGCAACUGGCAGAGAAUAAGCAGGUGAGCCCUGCCUUCUGCAAAACUUCCAAGCAGCCUACCUGAGAUCAGGUCAGAUCAUAGAACUGUGUCUAGCAAAGGACUUGGGGAGGCAGCACUUUGCAUUUGGGUAGAGUAAUUUAACUCCUUCCUGCUGGGCCCCCUGACCUGCAGCUAAAGUCUAGGGGCUUCCAGUUAAACUAUGAGACCUAGCAAGUUCUAAUUCUGACGAAACAUCAGCUUGGGGUGGGGGGGGGAGUAAGACUAUAUAUAGCAGAUUACAGGUAUUUUUUAUCAUUCCUGUAUUCCACAGGAAUACAGGACACGGGUGGCGCUAAGGGACGCGGGUGGCGCUGUGGGUAAAACCUCAGCGCCUAGGACUUGCCGAUCGCAUGGUCGGCGGUUCGAAUCCCCGCAACGGGGUGCGCUCCCGUCGUUCGGUCCCAGCGCCUGCCAACCUAGCAGUUCGAAAGCACCCCGGGUGCAAGUAGAUAAAUAGGGACCGCUUACCAGCGGGAAGGUAAACGGCGUUCCGUGUGCUGCGCUGGCUCGCCAGAUGCAGCUUGUCACGCUGGCCACGUGACCCGGAAGUGUCUGCGGACAGCGCUGGCUCCCGGCCUAUAGAGCGAGAUGAGCGCACAACCCUAGAGUCUGGCAAGACUGGCCCGUACGGGCAGGGGUACCUUUACCUUUUUAUUCCACAGCAAUGAUGCACGUGUGCUUUGUUUUUAACAGAGCUAUCAUUCUGAAUAGCUGUAAACGGUUUGUGAGUGUUUUCAUUGCACAUUUAAAGCACUUGUUACAGCUCCUUAUCACCUGCAAGUCUGUUGCCACAUUGUGUGAAAGAAUCAAUAAAACAUUAAAGAGGGAAAACGUUUGCUUAGAUUUCCCUAAGUAAAGUGGAACCAACUCUCACUUUGAAAGCAAUCUCUGCAGCUUCAGUGAUUCUUCCUUGGUACAAACAACCUGGCAAGUGGCUAUUUACAGACCUGAGGUAAUCCCUCAGUUUCUGGAUUUAAAAGUCCACAUUAUUCAUUUAGAGUCUGCGGCCGUUGGACCUGAAAUAGUCAUCAUGGGGAAACAUGCACUGGCACCGUUAAACAACUUGCAAGGGGUGCUUAUGUAUGUAUAUACAAACGGCUACAAAUUUUCCACAUUUAAAAUUUUAGAGGAGCAAUCCAUUCCCAGGAAAUUCUGGAAGAUCUACGGCAAUAGCUGGCCAGAAAGGAAUUGUGCAGGUGGUUGUGGCAAUAGAUUGUGACGAGACAAGAAAGGCUGUGACUCUUUUUGAAAGCUUUUCCCCUCCUUUUGUCUCUGGGCUGGGAAAAGGUUUGCCAACUUCAUUUCUGCAUGUCAGGCUGCUGUUAAAGGCACAGGAUAGCUCAGCUGGUUAGAGUGUGCUGCUGAUAACCCCAAGGUUGCAGGUUCGAUCCCCGUAUGAGACAGCUGCAUAUUCCUGCAUUGCAGGGGGUUGGAUUCGGUGGUCCUCUGGUCCCCUUCCAACUCUGCAAUUCUAUGAUUAUCUCACUUUACUACUGAUCUUCACAAAAAGGAAUAAGACAAAAUAAUUGUUUAGUUUACUGGAAGUGUUUCAGGGCAUCCCUGAAAAUGUAAAAUUGACAUCCUUAAUAUGAUUGCCACAAGUAAAAAAAACUUUGCUCUAGCUAAUAACUGGGAGGGGGGAUUUCUAGGGUUAUAACUUUAUCCGAAUUAGCACAAACCCAAACCCUUGCGUUGCACUGACACCUAGUGGUCCAUGGAAAUAGUGCAACGUCCUGAGAAUCAUGAUGGGGCAUUGCAUUCUGUACAAAAUGUGGGAAGUGUCUGGAAUAUAGGGUUGUCUCCUACACAAUGAGACUAUUGGGCUGGAACAUGGGCUUAUCUACAAGAUGGAGGCCUCUUGUGUGAGUGAGUUUGUGAACAUGUGUUCCUUCCAAGGAGCUCUGGGUGGCAGACAUGGUACUCCCCCUCCCCCUUUUUACCCUUGCACAGCCGUAGGAGGUAAAGUAGGCUGAGAGAAAGGACUGCUCCAAAAUCACCCCAUGAGCAUUGUGGCUUAGUGGGGAUUCAGACCUGGGCCUCUCAUGCCCUUAUCCAGGACUCCAGUGCCGCUGCACUAUCUUGGCUACGAAUGUCAUGGAACCACAGGGUUGUAGCGUAGGAAGGGACCACGAGGGUCAUCUAGUCCAACCCCCUGCAAUGCAGGAAUCUUUUUGCCCAACAUAAGGCUCAAACCCACAUUGCUGAGAUUAAGAGUCUCGUGCUCUACUGACUGAGCUAUUGUGUCAAGACUAGGGAGUGCAGAUUUAGAUCAAGCAGAAGCAAGGGAUUGGCUCACUGCAAUCCACAGACCAGGUUGGAACUGUUUGCAAUUCCUCCCUCCAUUCAUUUCCCAUACCAGCAUUCAUUCAUUCAUUCAUUCAUUCAAUUUCUAUCCCGCCCUUCAUCUGAGGAUCACAAGGAUCCAGAACAGAAUCCACAAGGUUUCUCAUUCAAAUCCUGCAGAAUGUGACACACAAGUUGUAAUUAAACAAUGCAUGUCCCUGACAGCAAUUAAGUACACCAGCCUCGCUUUGCAAUGAUUGAUAGCUUAAGUCUGAAAUGUUGACGUUUGUGUUUCCUCCCCCCCCCCAUGUGUUUCUCAGGGUGUUCAUGAAUCAAAAGGGGUGACCGAAGACUAUUUGAAACUGGAAAACCUGUUGCAAAAGGUUGUUUCUCCUUACUUGGGCACCUAUGGCUUGUAUUCCAGCGAUGGGCCUAUCCCACACUCAUCCUGCAUUUUAGGUAACGUUCACACCGUCUUCUAAAACACAAUAUGUCUGUUGAAGUGCUUUUUUGUCCACAAAACAUGGUAUCAUUUUCUGGCUGGGACUGCACAACUAUACCAAAGUUAGGCAUCUGUGUAAAAUGUCCUCCAUAACCAGCUUACCUAAGAGAUUUCGCUUGGAUGAUAAACUAGGGGCAGGCCUUUGUGCCAAUGCAAGUUCUUUGCUGGAAGACGGCAGAGGUUGUCUGAGGUAAGCAAAAUAUGCAUCGUAAAAUCUCACUCCAUGAACUUGGCCCAGGACCAAGCCAGAGGUUUCCCAACUUCAAGUUGGUAGAGUAGGGUAGGCUAGAGAACCUCAUGACAAACUAGGGCUAACAUUCAGUGGGUGCUAGAAAAGAGCCUCAAAUAUUUUCUGACACUGGUAGAAGGAUGUGAGAAUGGCACUGCAGUGCCUCCGUGGUUCAGACAUGCAGAGUGCUUCCAGCCUAUGAAGAGCAAUGGACUGUUCUGUCUAUGCAGUUGACUACCAGAGAGAAGCCUGAGAGGAAAUGAACCUUCUUUUCCACAAGACACUUCCCCUGCUCUCAGACGGGGGCGAGUUUGGGAAGCUGUCUGUUGGACAAAGUUUCCAUAAUAAUUUUACCCCCCAGUUGGGGGCUGUGACCUCUGACGUGGCAAACCAGUAGCGCUGCUGCAUUUCCUUUUCCCCUUUUCUGCCACUGAUUGUCAGGUAAAUAUUAGGGAUACAUAGAAAAAGAGUCAGAAAGGUGAAUCUACAACAUCAUCGGCUUUUUUCUUAUUUGCCAUCAUUUGUUAAGACAGAUUCCAAAGUAAUUUACAGAAAUAAUCCUACAAACAUCUUAGCUAGACAGGAUGCAGAAAGAAGUAAAAGACGCUUAAAAAGAAAAGGGCUUCUAUGCCAGUUCUUCUAUUUAAAGGCAGAUUCUGGUUAUGGAAAAGAUGCUGGUUACUCUAUACCCUUUUUGAAAAUAAUUUCAUCUGCAAGAGAAGGAGCUGGUAUUUGCUCCUUUGCAUGUGACAGCUUUAAGCUGCUGCUUCCUUGUGGCUAUUUUGAUGAAACAGCACUCAGCUGAACAGCCUCAGCUGCCUGAAAGUUGUGACCACUGUCAUCUCACUCACCUAAGCUCUUCAAGGAAGAACAGGACUGAAUAUACUUUUUUCCCCAAAGAGGAAAUUGAUAAUAGAAGUUAGAAACUUCUCUGAAACUGAUUAAGAGAUCACUUGACCUUAGUCUGAGAAGGCCUAGAGUCAUGGAAUUGUAGAGUUGGAAGGAACCCCUGGGGUCAAAUAAUCCAACCCCCUCAAUGCAGGAAUCUCAACAUGCAGUCCCCCCCCCCCAUCCAAUUUGGGAUCUCUGUGUCCAAAUAAUCUAUACUGUAAGGCACUGUGAGAUGCUGUGGCCGUCUCCAGGCUGAGAGUCUCCAGGCUGAUCUGCCAUAAUGGCAGGAGGGGGGUGGCAGAAAGGUUUUUGUUGUUGUUGCUGCUGCUGCUGCUGCUGCUGCACAUGCCCUAGAGAGGGAAGCAGAAGAUGCUGAGGCCAAGAAGGGAAGGAGGCAGAGACCUGAAAUGGCAACUCAUCAAGCACAUACAGCCAAGUGUCUGAACCUGGUCAGGCAAGUUUAGGAAAGGAUGGGUUUGAAGAGUGAGGAAGAAAAGGGGAAGAGUCCAAAUAUGUAGGGGGAAAUUGGGGGGUGGGGGGCGAGAAGAGGUGCACAUGACAGAGGUGAGGCUAAGCCUGAUGUUUACAUAUUGAUUUGAAGCAACUGUCCAAAUACUUGACCGCAGACCUCUCAUGGUGGUAGUAGCAGUGAUGGUAACGAUGCUCACAAGAAAAGCGUAGGGUUGUGUACAGGUUUUAACUGGUCUUCAUGUUUGUUAACAGAAAAACGUUUCUUCCGGCGAUCCAAAUCGGGGGACAUCCUGACCAAGAACCCUGUGGUGAGAUCCAAAAGUUACAACAAUCCUUUGCUGACUCCAGUAGCUGAGUACGAAACGGAGGGCGUGGCCCCCAAUGGCACUGGCAUCCGAAGGCACUCUGUUUCCGAAAUGACUUCCUGCACAGAGAUGCAGGGCUACUCCAACCUCACAACCAUCACAGACAGUGGUUCCAAGACCUCCAUGAUCACCAUGAAGAAUUCGCAGUCAGGAGAGUCAGAGAGGCUUUCUGCCAGCUCAGCGCAGUGCCCCAGCAACCUCAAUGCACCUGAGCAACAGAAGGGAUUCUUUUACGCAAGAGAUGACCAGAAGAGAGCAUUUGAGCUGGCCAGGGACUCAGACUUGAUUGCCAUAGCCCCUACAGCCAGCCCUGAAAAUAUAGUGGACCAAAUUUUGGAGUCUAUUGAGUCAGAUUCUGAUGGGAUUUUCAUUGAUUUCAGCCAGAGCUGCUCAAGUUCAUCAGGGUACAAUGUGGAUGUGAGCAGGCAGAGCCUUGUCUGA